AUGGAGGAGGAGCGGUCGGGGGAGCAGAUGAGACCGCUACUCACAACGGUAACUGAAGAGCGGCGGGAGGAGGCGGGAUGGCAGUUGGUUGCGCGCGAGGGAGGGAGGGAGGGAGGGGGGACGUGGAGGGAGGCGCUCGCGCCCCUUUAUCUCUCCCGCCUUUCCCCUGGGCUGAGGGCUCGGGCGGCCGUUGCUGCCGGUGCCGCCGCCGCCGCCGCCGCGCCUCUUUGUGGGGGCGGAGCCCCACCGAGCGCCUCACUGGGCUCCCUGGCUCUGUGACGGGAAGCGGCGCCGGAUUAAUGCCCGAGGACGCGACACAAAGCCAGGCGCUCUUUUCUUUCCGGUCUUGAGUCUCCCCCUCACGCACACAAACCGACAGGUGUCAGUCUCUCUCCCUCGCCUCCCCUCAGCCCUUCCUUCCACUUCGCGCUUCCUCUUUCCCCCCGCUUCAUCUCCGCAGCCAAACACUACUAACAACAACAACAACAACAGGAGCAAUAAUGUUGUGACACGUGGAUGGAAUUAAGACUUGAGGGUGUGUGCGGGGGGGGCGGGCGGCGGCGGCGGUUUUCUUGCUCAUGGAAACAUUUCUCAUCAGCAUCAUCUCCGCCGAAUGAAUCCUCCACUUGGCGCGUGUGAGGAAAUGGAGGGAGGCGCGCGUCUCCUUCCUUCCCACAACCAGCUCCUGCUGGUCUGGGCUCAUUGCUUUUGUUCAGGCAAGAGCUCUUGAUAGGGUGAGGGGUGGGCAGAGAGGGAGAGGGAGGGGGGAGCCUGGUUCUUUGUUCGAAGCUCCCCCCCUCCCUUCUCCCUCUUACCCUUCUAACGUGCUCCCUUCAUUCGGGCUGGGAAGUGUCAAACGGGGUAAAGGAGGAUACAUAAUAAGCAGGCUGCAGCGGGUCAGGGCUGGCCUCUGCUGUCCUAUGGGAACUAAUAAUAAUAAUAAUAAUAAUAAUAAUAUAAAAGGACAUGUGUCCUGGGCACAGUGCAGCAGGCGAGGUAGGGGCAUCUCCGGUGAGAUGCCUUGCUUGCCUUCCGUCCUCCUGCUCCUCUUGACUCCUUUGUGAGUGCAAACACAUGGCUAACCCGAAGCAGCUCUUUUGUCCUCAGAGCUCAAGGAAGUGGCAGAUAACUCAGCAGUGAUUCACUUUACUUCCUUUCAUGGCUGGGGGUGAAAUGAGGCGCAGUCUGUCUCUUCCCCGCCACCCCACCCUUCCCCGCUUUUUAAAGUAGUACUAGGAAGAAAAACAUUAGUGGUUCAUCACAGAUUAUUUUUUUUGCCCCCUUGCGUUUUAGAUGAGUUAGCCAGGAUUUUUACUGAGUGUUUCCAUGACUUUGUCCUGCUGCUAAGGUUGCGUUCAUUCCCAAGGUUCCUUUGGACUGUGCCGUGGCACAUAAUCUAGUUUUAAAUGGCACUAGGAGAUGGAGAGCUCUUCUGAUAGCAAACGAAGUUAGGCGAGUGAACAACCCAGUGUAAAAGCUUUCCCUCUACUUCAUUUGGCUUGUAAUAUGUAUUAGUACCAUGUGGCAAACAAUUUAAGUACUGGAUUUAACUUGAUUGCUCCACAUUAGGAUCUACAUCUACAGCAAAUUGUUCGAUAUAAUCUAAGUAGAAAGGUAGUGGUCUAUUUUUUCGUUGGUAUGGUAAAACAGUUUUGGUGGACUACAUUGUGGGUAGUAUUGAACUAUGUAUUACCUAAUUAGAGUAUGCCUAUUUAAAUGAAAGUAAAUAAAUGUCAAAUUAAUGUGGUUUAUGCACAUUGGAGGUGGCAUAAUAAAUAAUGCUAACUUGCGCAAAAGACAGUAAUAGAAAAAGAGUUAUUACUCCUGAUCUAUGAUGAGGGGAACAAAAGUAGGGCUCCUAAGAUCUCUUGGACAAAGAGUCAAGAGUCUUUAGCUUCAGGUUUGCCAACAGCCACAAACAAAGGGGGGGGGGAGCCACAGGAUUUGCUCCUUUCCUGUGGUUAGUAGAUGUCCUUAAAUCCAAAUACAGUAAUGUCUGAUCUUUUUGAUAUCCAGCUGUCACACAGAAGUGACACUUGGAAACCAUGCCAGGUUUUUUGCCUGGAGUGUAUCUCUAAAAGUUACUUGCCCAGUUGUUUGCCAAGGCUUCUGGUGUGGAAAGACUCCACAGUUAUAGCAGUUUUCAUUUGGCAGGGAUUCAGGUCUCUCAUCUUAGCACUGCUUUCAUUUAUAUACCACCUCUGCCCUCCACCUUGCCUCAUCUGAGUGUUGCUUGUAACUAGGGCUAAGUGUCUGACAGCAGACAAGCAGAAUGUUACUUUGGGAAGGGUAGUGUGUAAGAAAGGGAGGAUGCAUUUGAUCCGAUUGCUGAUUCUGCAGUGGUUCCUUUGACCCUGUGGGUUCUUGUGCUCUUUGGCUAUCCCUCACUGCGAGAAGCCAAGUUACAGGGAACCAGGCAGAGGGCCUUCUCGGUAGUGGCGCCUUCCCUGUGGAACACCCUCCCACCAGAUGUCAAAGAGAACAACAACUACCAGGCUUUUAGAAGACAUCUGAAGGCAGCCCUGUUUCGGGAAGCUUUUAAUGUUUGAUGUAUUAUAGUAUUUUAAUAUUCUUUUGGAAGCCGCCCAGAGUGGCCGGGGAAGCCCAGCCAGAUGGGCGGGGUAUAAAUAAUAAAUUAUUAUUAUUAUUAUUAUUAUGCUGAGUAUGAGUGAUCUGUUGCAAAUAUAUUUUGUUUUGUUUUUGGUCAUAAUAGUUUUUGAGGGAAUAAUUUUGCAUCUUUUGAAUUCUUACAGAUUACAGAAGGAGACGGUCGUUCCAGCUUCUUGAAGGAGGUGGGGGCCCAUUAAUCUUUUGAGUAGAGAAACGCAUGACUACAAAAAUUGAAUUGCUACAUUUACUUUUAAGAUAUAUUUUUACAUAGGAGACUAUGAUAUAUUCACUGAAAGAUGCUAGAGAAGAUUGGAUUUGGUUUUACAAUCAUGGAGAGGGUUAAUGGUUCCUGUUCUCAUAAGCUUACAUAGAUUGUGGUCUGCCUAGUUCUCUUUUCCUGUCUAGGAAGAAAAGAGCACUCAUUUAUUUUAAUAUGAAAGUGUUUUUAUAAUAAAACGGAUGUAGACCUGUGCGUAUUUCCUUUUUGCAACAAUUAGCUCUUCAGCUACGUGUAGUUCUAGAAUGUUCAAUUGCACCUACUUUUUUGCUUUGUGGCAAUGAUUUUUGAUCAGGCCUUUUUUACCAUUUACAGUUUGAAGCACCAUAUACUGUAUAGGUUUUCUGAACCUAUCUGGAGGCUUUCACAGUAAUAUUACAAGUACUAAUAAUAUUUCACAAGUAAUAUUAACCAUUCUUCUCAGGCAACCUUUCUAUGGAAUAUGCCAGCAUUAGGAUUUAAUGUUUUGCUAGAAGUUGGAUCUGUGUUGAUCUUCUGAUGAAGCGUCUUGCAUGCUAACUUUUUGGAGGGUUUCCUAUUGACUAAUAUGAAAAUUCCUUGAAAGUAAAAGGCAGCAUCACAUUUUAUCUGGCACUUAUGAUAAAUCAUUGUGUGAAUGCCCUAGGAAGAUAAGCAAAUCUUACUGCACCUUAUACAUAUGUAGGAUCCUGCAUAUUAUAAUCUACACAUCUAUAGCAUCCUGAGUCCUUCUCAGAAAUCUGUUCUUGGAAAUCUGGAAGGGUAUUUUUGGAACAUUUGAAAUGAGCCUACAGCUUCCUACAGUAUCUGUUGAGGGUCAUUUAAUCAAUCUUAAACUAACCAAUCCACUAAAAUAGCUUUAAUUAUUUAUUACUAUUCUCUUCUGCACUGAUGAUUCAUGUAGGUGCAUCCGUGUCCAUGGUUGCAAUUAGCUGUACCAGGUGGCUAUUGGAUAUGAGAGAAAGGGGUGAACUUCACCCCAUGGCCUACUAGUAAGCACAGCACUCGCCUCCUUUUGAGUUACCUGAAGUAGGUGGAACAAGAAAAGAUGAACAUGCUGGAAAGAGGGUUCCUCUCUUUGCAUGCAUGCUAAUCUACUUUCUGUUCUGUUGGAGAUUAAGAAGAUGAAAGGAACUAAUAAGUGAACUAGAUAAUUUCCUAGCAUUUAAUGAACCUGAGAUAAGGAUGGAAUUCUUCAGAUUCUAAUGUAGAACAUUUCCCUCUGGUUUGAUCCAACACAAUUACCAUUUAAUAUUUCAAAAAGUCAUGGCUGCCUUUAUAUAGCUGUCUAAAAAUGCAAUACUGAAAUCUAAUAAAUGCCAGGCUAUCCUAAAAAGGCAAGGAACUAUAUGUAUUUGUGCAGUGCUAUUUAGCUCUUGUUUAUACAACUGAAUAUAGCUGGAAUAGUCCCCCCCCCCAAAAAAAUGAUGAAAAUACAUUGGGUGAAAUAUUUUCUACCUGCUAUUGCUCUGACUUUCCUGUAUAUGCAUAUUGUGCCUUGUGUUUUAUUUUGUUAGCUAAUAGUGGGACUGUGCAUAGGAUUUCACAGACGUGUGUGCCAGAAAAAAAUGUCUUAACUCAAAAUAGCUUGUACAUAUGGGUUCCUGCUAUAGAAUUACACAAACUUGUCACCUGAUGGCAUUGUCCUUCAUAAAUCACAUUCAGUCAUUACUCCGUUAUGAGGUUGGUUCUUCAUCAUUCUCACAGGAGUUAAGUAUGUUGGCUUAAAACAUUUGGUUGCAAUGUUGUCAUAUUUUUUGUUGUUGUUCUUUUUAUUGACUCUUCCAAAAGCCAGCUAAAUUGAGGUUAUGUACUUCGUUUGCAAUAACAAAUCUACUUGAUUAGCCUGCUUCUAAACUAGUGAAAAUAAGAAAGGGUAUUAGCUGAGGACUUAAUCAAGACACCUUUUGAACGAAACAUUUUGCUAAGCCGAAUUUCAUGGUUCCUGACAAUAAUUCUAACUUUAUUUUGCACCUUGAGUGAGUUUUAGCUAACCUUGUAAGUAAUUAUACACACAAUUCUAGAUAAUAUGCAGCUCUAUAAAAUAGCCUGAAGUGUAAGAAUAGGAUUACAAAUCCACAUAUGAUACUGUGUGCAUUGGUUUUAUCUUGCUCCAGAGUUAGCUUGCAGAUACCCCACUGAAAAUAAUGACAAAACUUAAUAUUGAUUUUGAUGGCCUAGGUCUAGGACUACACUGAAGAGAAUCAUGUGAUGGAAUAUUUUAUGGUGCACAGAAGCUCUUAUCUUAAUAGAAGCAGGAUAGACUUUUAAAAAAAAUCCUCAAAUGAGAUGCAGAGAAGAGAGGGGAAUUAAGAAGGCUAAUGCCAGGGAAGCCCUAAGAGGAAAGGCAGAGGAGAAUAAUAGCAUCAUCAAUUCAUUCAAAUUCAGUAGAUAGGUCAAGGAGUUUUUUCUAAUAUAAGACACUCAUAUAAGCACCCACCUAGCAUUUGAGACUUUCUGAUGAUGACCUGAUCUUUAUUACAUCCCAUGGGGAUUCUAAAUUACCGGUAGUCCCUGCUGGGACAAGGCCUAAUGCUCUGAAGUUCUCUUGAUAGAGGUGUAUAGCUGCUUCCUUCUGCCUUUCUGAAAAUAUAAACUUCCUUUUUGAGAAUCUUUGAGAAUUAUUUCUUGCCUACAGAAUUAUUUGUUGUGUGUCUGUGUUUGCCUUAAUUUUGUUGAUGAUGCAGGGCUGGGGGGUGGGGAACUGAUGGGACAUGCAAAAUAACAAAGAAUUUCUUAGGUGAAGGACCAGGGCUUGCAUACAAUGGUUAGAAACUGUUUGACCUGCCUAGUAAGAUUCUGACAAGAGGUAGCUCGGUACAGUUCAGCUACUGAAAACCUUUGAACAAAAUUGCUCACUCAUAAUAUGUUUCGUUCCACUUCUGUCAUUUCUGACUUGGGUAAUUUUGAGAUGUGUUCUUGUUGUCCCCCCACCCCAUCUCCUUUUUAAAAUGAAGGCUGGGAGUGUCAGCUCAGGACUUUUGACAUAUUUGAAUAUGCCGUUUACAAACACUUCCAAAUAAUGAUAUAUCUCACUUUAAGUUGAAACAUAGUUUAGAGGUACCUCUGCUUCAGUGAGAAUUUUUGUUGUUUAUGGUUUAGUUUGCUUUUACAAAUAUAGGAUGUUCUGUUGCAGAGGCACUAGAGGGCACUGCUCUCAUAUCUUGGUUAGAGAAAUCCUGUGUUAUGAAAAUACACAUAAUAUGUGGAAAGCCAGUGAGGACUUCAUUUAUAACAUUUUAGGCUGUAAUCUUAUACAUAAUUACCUGGGAAUAAGCCCCAUUGAACUCAGUUGGAGGUUUUAGAUGAGCUGAGAGGUAAGUAGUGAAGAAAGGAGAAAUCAUGAAGGAAGAAUAUACACAAAUAGCCAAGGUAAGAUGGGCCAGCGCUCAGAAUGAACUCACGUUUGCAAGAGAGGUUAGAAGAUGGGUAGGCAAACUAAGGCCCGGGGCCCGGAUCUGGCCCAAUCGCCUUGGGCAUGCGGAUGGUCUGGGAAUCAGUGUGUUUUUACAUGAGUAGAAUGUGCCCUUUUAUUUAAAAUGCAUCUCUGGGUUAUUUAUGGGACAUAGGAAUUCGUUCUCUCCCCCCCCCCCCAAUAUAGUCCGGCCCCCCACAAGGUCUGAGGGACAGUGGACCGGCCCUCUGCUGAAAAAGUUUGCUGACCUCUGGGUUAGAAAUAAAAAUGGUUUUUGUGGCUAUGUUCAAAGCAAGAGGAAGAACAAUCAAGUAGUAGGUCCCUUGCUUGGAGAAGAUGGGGAAAUGCUCACUAACACGUUAUCUUGGAAAAACUGACAAGUGGGGUGCCUCAGGGUUCUGUCCUAGCCCUGUUGUUGUUCAAAUUCAUUAUAAACAACUUGGAUGAAGGAAUUGAGGGGAUGCUAAUCAAAUUUGCAGAUGACACCAAACUAGGAGGGGUAGUCAAAGCCACUGAAGACAUUAUCUGGAUUCAAGAUUACCUUAACAGACUGGAGAACUGGGCCAAAAUGAAUUUCAAGAGGGACAGAUGUCAGGUUCUACACAUAGGCAGGAAGAACCAGCUGCAAAAAUAUAAAAUGGAGGUAUGUCCCUUCCAACUCUGUGAUUCUGUGACAUCUGGUUUACCAGUAGGACUUGUGAAAAGGAUCUAGGGGUCUUAAUAGAUCACAAGUUUAACAUGAGUCUAUAGUAUGAUGCUGCAGCAGCAGCAGCAGCAACAACAGCAACAACAACAACAAAGCUAAUGUUAUUUUAAGCUGCAUCAACAGAAGUAUAGUGUCCUGACCAAGGAAAAUAAUAGUCCUGCUCUAUUCUGCCUUGGUCAAACAGACCAUACCUAGAGUACAGUCUCCAGUUUUGGGCACUACGAUUUAAGAAGGAUAUUGACAAGCUGGAACGUGUGCAGAGGAGGUUGACCAAGAUAAUCAAGAGUCUGGAAACCAAGCCUUAUGAGGAACAGUUGAGGGAGUUGGAUCUGUUUAGCUUGGUAAAGAGGAGACUGAGAACAUAUAUGAUAGCAACCUUCAAGUAUCUAAAGGGCAGUCACAUGGAGGAUUGAGUGUUUUCUCCUGUUCUGGAGGCUAGGGCCUGAAAUAAUAGAUUCAAGUUACAAGAAUAUACAUUCUCACUAAACAUAAGGAACAGGAAGAACUUUCUGUCACUAAGAGCUGUUCGACAGUAGAACAGUCUCCCAUGAGAAGUGGUGGACUCUUCAUCCUUGGAGGUUUUUAAGCAGAGGCCGGAUGGCCAUCUGUCAUGCAUGAUUUAGUUGAGAUUCCUGCACAGGGAUUUGGACUAGAUGACCCUCAGGGAUCCCUUCCAGCUCUACAGUUUUGUGAGUCUCUGAUUUGACUUCUGAGUACAGUUGUUCCUCCCUUUGCGUCUGGGAUUUGUUCCGGAGCCCUGGAUGCUCAAUGAAAGGGACACUCAACAAAGUGCUGCUCUGCGCAUGCGUGAAGCGUGAUUUAGCACUUCUGCGCAUGCGGCAAACCCGGAAGUACCCAGUUCCGGUACUUCCGGCUUUGCCACGGACGUUGGACAAAGUGGACCUUAAACGGGACGGACUGAAAAUGAGGUACCACUGUAGAUGUGUCAGAUUACACUGCACACUUGGCACUCCUGAAGCUAGUAUCUUAGUCAUGGCAAUAAGCCAUACUUGUGAAUAGAUACAGCUAUUCUUUUCUUCAUAUAUAAAGCCUUCAGCGUGUUGUGGGGUACUUAAAGUGUGUGUGGACAGGAUACACGGAUCAUACUUCAACUACAAAUAAAACUUAACUAGUUUGACAUCUAUGGAAAUUGAAGUGCACUUGUGCUAAUAGCAGAAAGGGUGCUGCAACAGGUAAUGAACCUAGGCAGUGAUCUAGUUAGCACAGAAAGCCAAACCAUGAUUUAGCAUGAAUGAGAAUACAUGCAAGUUGUUGGAGCAAAGUUUGCAGCCACAGUGCUCCUUCUGAGCCAUGAUUUGUCUUAGCAUUGUGUUCAAACCCAGGCUUGUGGUUUGUACCUUCAGACAAACUCCAAGUGAUAAGGCAAGAACAAACUUUUUUUACAGCUUGUGACUUGCUUGUCUCACUCCGAACAUUCAGGUGCAGUGCUUUACCAAACCAUGGCUUUUCCCUGGGUAGCAUGAGAGCAGAACGGCUGAGCGCAGAACACCUGAGUGAGGAGCAAUAGAGCUUUGAUCGAGCAACCUGCACAUUACUGCCAAACCCUGGUUUAGCUUAGUGUUAAGUGCAAGUGGGGUCAUUGUGUUCUUUAAAAUAUCUGCUUGUGUAUAAAAUAUGUGUUUGGAAUGUGACUGGAAGCAUAUCACAGGCAUUCAAAUAGCUUUUGUAUAAUGAUUCCAAAUUAUUACUUGCUUCUUUGUUUCUGGUACAUAUGGAUGUGUGGUGGUUCCUCUUCAGACUGUAGUGUUAAGUAUUGAUAGCAAAAAAAAAAAAAAGGUGAUUUAAAAAUAUUGCUUGAUACUAAUUCUUCAUGAGCAAUGGGAUUCAAUAGAAUAUUUAAUAUAGUGAUGAACAGCAUAUGCAGUAUUUUGGAUUCAAAAUAUACUGAAAUAAAGUCUCAAGGCUUGCUUCAGAUGAUCUAAUGAGAGACCAUUUAUAUGAAUGUGAAAGUGUGUGUUUGUAAUCAAGAAAAGAGGAAUGCCUUGCUUCCAUAGGUGGUCAGAAUAUCAGCAGGGUAAAAGAUGCUUAUUCUUGAGGCUAGCUUUAUGUUGCCAGGAGAUUGAGAAAAGGAGCGGCUGACAUUAUCUGACAGCUCUUUUCCUUCAGCAGCUCUGAUGAUCUUCUUAAGAAAAUAAUUUAUUGUUUGCUCUGGCAAUAAUCACUUUUGCCUAGUCAGGGGAGAUUGUAGAAGCAAUUAAGAACUGCACUCAUGUUUUCAAAUUUUGAAUGUCUGGUGAAUGCAUUUAGUUCAUAUGACAAUUUGUAUGACAUUUAGAUUAGUGCACAAAAGAACAUGCUUGAAAUUGAGGUCUAGAGUUGUACUCUGGUUCAGAGGAAAGCUUGGGAUAUACUAUCAGCAAUACUUCAGAGGAACACAUUGUGAGUUGAGUUCUGUUUAUUUUUAUUGAGUGUAAAGCUAAAGUGGCACAGGCCUAUGCUAAACAGUCUAUUCCUAACUCCUGAAGUAGUAGUAGCUUAGUACAGUAUGUUCUGUCACAGUGAUGAAAGGCGGACCAAGCUGGAAAUGCCAAAAAGUGCUUCUGCUGAUUGACCUAGUUCUAUAAGAACAAAAUCCAUUUGUUUCACUCUUUGUUGAGACUUGAUGCAUUCAGUGUAUCUGCACUAUCUUUCUUCAAGUCACACUGCUGCUAGUGUUCACUUAAAUUAAUCAUCUGUAAUGGAAUCUACUUAAGCAGCGUUUUGGAAACUGCAAGCUGCUUAGUGUAGUGAAAAAUAGACUCUUAAAAUCAGAUUAUAUGAUAUGCAAUUUCUAAUUACUCUUGGCUAUUACUCUUGCCUAUAUUUGAAUACCCUAGACAAGGCAGUGGCAUGUUUUGAAUUGAAGGACAAUGGUUCUUCCCCCACUUCCCUCUCCAAUUCAAGAGACACUAAAAUCAAUUUAGCGGGUAUAUCAGACCUUUUACAAAUCUAAUUAUAUGCUGCUAAACAGCAAGGGCCCCAAAGGCCAAAAUGGAAAUUUUUACGUAUUUCACUCACUAGAGCUUGCGUAGUUAAUUAUAUAGCUGUUCUUGCUCACACACUUGUCAGUCUCUGAUUAUAGUGACCACCAGCCAUUUGAAAUUAAUUUUGUAUUAUUUGCCUAUAGGGAUGGGGCUGGCCCUGUGUCAUUCUGUCUGACAACCAAAUUCCUAUUUACCUAGUACUGGCCCACAUGGAAAAGAAUGGACCGUUAGUUCCAUUUUCCUACCUAUAGAGCUGGUACUGGUCCUGUGCCAUUCUGUCUGUCAGUCUAUUUACCUAGUACCAGCCCAUAUACCAAAGAAUGGACCUUUGGUUUCUGAUUUCUGAAUUACAUAUUGGGAAAUGUUCUUUAUAAUGUCCCCAAGGCCAUCAAUAGUAUAUAUAUUUUUACAAUGUUGGAAAUAAUUCCUGUGCAUGUGCUAUUUGAUUAAUACUUUCAUUUGACUUCAUAGUUGGUGAGUCUACCCACCCAGUAUUUAAAAACUGAAAUGUGUAAAAUCAUUUCUUUCAUAAAGGAAAUGCAAGCACUGGCAGUGUACAGGGAUGAAUUGUCAAUCCCCAUUCAGCCAUGAAGCUCACUUGGUGACCAUGGGCAAGCCACUGCCUCUCAGCCUACCCUACUUCAAAGGGUUCUGGUGGGGAUUAAGUGAGGUGGGGAGGUCCUUGUAUGCUACCUUGUGGUCCUUGGAGAAAAAGGUGGGACAUAAAUGCAGCAAACAAAUAAUCAUUUUGUUGUUCAUCAAAUGUACCUGCAAAUGUUUAGAACAGUGCCUUACAACAUGAAGGUAUUUCAUAUAUUUCAAAAACUUGAGUAAAGCCAAACAAAACUCACAGGAAUAGUUUAUGAGUAGAAACAUAUGUUUGAAAAUAAGCGGUUCAACACAUUUCAUUUCAUUUAUAAACUAUAUAUCACAUUUAUCACUCAACUCUUGUACUGUAUAUCAAUAUUGGCAUAUAUUAAAAGAGUGGACAAAAAUGAGCAACAUUUCCCAAAAGUCAAUUACCCUGUAUGAAAUUGUGUAUAUCAUAUUCCUUCUGUUAUUGUUUUAGCACUUUUUAAAUACUUGUUUUCAAGAACCUUCACUCUCUGGUUCAGAAGUUCAUACUGGGAUAAUUUCGGUAGAUAAGUAUAAGCAGAUAAGAAUAAAAGUGUGCAAGUCAACUUACUAAGGUUGGCAGUGGCAACAACUCAAUUAUUCCAUUAAAUGAGCACAGCAAUGUCAUGUGGACCUAGCUUUCAAAAGCAGUCUUUUCCCUCGGUUUGAAAAUUGUCUGAAUGCCUUGGCUCUUCUGUCAUUUCCUUUACUCUGUGGCAUAACAGAGUGAACAGCUAUGAGGACUGUAUGUGGAUCAGUAGAGGACUUCAGAACCAGGCUUUCUGAUUCUUUCUAUAAUGCCUGUAUUGUUUUGCGACAGUCUUAAAACCUUUAUUCUCUCUGGGUUUUGGUUGUUGUUGUUUUUUUUAGGAGAUGGAGAAGUAGUUCCUGCAGUACCACAUUGGUCUAGGUAGAAGUAGGAAGCAAGUGAUAUUUGAAAGCUUUCAACAAAAGUAGUUCUCACAUCUGUAGGAACUUAUGAAAGACUGAGCAUUCACUUGACAAACAAAAAGCAAUGUUCAGCACUGGUGCUGGAUUUUUCUGACAUUGUCCAGAAUGUGUGUCACCUUGUGAAGGUAUAUGUGUGUCUCUGUGUGUUCAUCCCACCCCGCUCCACUCCUUUGAAAGCUGAUGAUGUACCAUCAUUCAAUUUAUUAGUUGACAUUAUAGUAUCUAAAAACUCUUUAUUUUUAAGGGAAUUCACCAUUUGUUUUAAGUUUGACAAUAGAUAUUUGCUCACGUACACACACACAUAGAUAUACUUUUGUAUAUCAUUCUGGGAUUUAAAUUUUUUGAAGUGGUUUAUAAGUAUUAUAAACAAUAAUUAAGCAGCCCCAACUGUAAAGGUUACGUCAUACUUCUCAGCCUUGCAUUACUGUAUAUUUAUGCGUGGUAUAGCAAAUGUGCAGAUUUGAAAUUUGGCUUUGUAAAAAAUGCACUCGUUAAACAGUUAUCCUUUUUUGGUGUAGCCUUUUAAGGCUGUGUUUAUAAAAUGUUCCAUUCUAUUUUAGGAAUCUAGUUUAAGAACCAGGUAUUAGUAAUAUAAUAACCUGGUCCUUGGUUAACAUUAUGGUUACUUCUUGUUUUGCAUUUGGUCCUUAAAAUAAAAAAAUGUGGCAGAGCAGCCUUUAAACUAAUAUGGUGGGGGCCAUUUCAUUCCAGGGAUGAGGAGUAAAAUGUUUAUCAUUUUUCAAAUGGGGGAUGGGUACAGCGAGGCAUUGAGAAAGCAGGGGCACAUGCUAACUAUUAGAGAAGCAAAGGCACCAUAGGGUAAAACCCAUAUUCCAAAGACCAAACACACUAGUUAUGGGUGUUUAUAUGCUACUGCUGGAAGCCUGUGAGCCAAAAUGGACAUUAGCUAGAGUCUUUGGUUUUGAGAGAAGAGCAUAGAUAUAAUGGACAUAAGGGAAACUUGGUGGACUGGAAAAAAACAAACCUGUUAGACCUGGUUAUCUCUGUUAAAAAGUAUAUAGGAAAGACAGGGAAGGUUGUGCUGGAGGUGCUGUAAUCCCAUACCUCAAAGAGGGCAUAAAGUCCAGCAAGAUAGAAAUCCUCAAAAGGGCAGACUCCACAGAGUUGCUGUGGGUGGAAAUACCAGGCCCAAAGAAUAAUUAGUACUAUUGUCCAGUGAAAAAAACACCCAGGUUGAUCUUGAGAUGGAGAAUGAAAUCAAGAAGGCAUGAAAAAUAGGGUGUAAUGUAGUAAUAGGGUAAAGGUAAAGGGACCCCUGACCAUUAGGUCCAGUCGUGGCCGACUGGGGCUGUGGGUGCUCAUCUCGCUUUAUUGGCUGAGGGAGCCGGCGUACAGCUUCCGGGUCAUGUGGCCAGCAUGACUAAGCCGCUUCUGGCAAACCAGAGCAGCGCACGGAAACGCCGUUUACCUUCCCGCCGGAGCGGUACCUAUUUAUCUACUUGCACUUUGAGGUGCUUUCGAACUGCUAGGUUGGCAGGAGCAGGGACUGAGCAAUGGGAGCUCACCCCGUCACGGGGAUUCGAAUUGCCGACCUUCUGAUCUGCAAGUCCUAGGCUCUGUGUUUUAACCCACAGCGCCACCCGCGUCCCAAUGUAGUAAUAAGUGACUUCAGAUACUCUAAUGUAGACUGGCUACAUGUGUCACAGUCAUGACAAAGAGAUAAAAAUUUAUUGAUACCCUAAAUGAUUGUGUCCUAGAAUAGUUUCUCAUGGAACCAGUCAGUGACCCUGGACUUAAUCUUAAGUGACACUGAGGACCUGGUGUGGGAUGUAAGUGUUGUUAAACCAAUUAGGAGUAGUGGCCAUAGUGCUAUGAAAUUCAACACACACACACACAAAAUUGUUUGUUAUAUAAAUAUUUAAAAGGCUUGGUUUUUACAGUAACAUGUUUUUAAUAUUUUUUUGGGAGCUGCCCAGAGUAGUUGGGCCAGCCUGGUCAGAUGGGCAGCAUAGAAAUAAUAAAAUUAUUAUUAUUAUUUUAAAAAAAAUAAUUUCAUUCAUUUAAUUCAUCGCCAUUUUAUAGAGGUAGUGAAGUCCACCAAGUUGGAUGCCUUUGAAACUUGAUUAGGUCAAAACCAUGAAGGGUAAGGCUGUCAUUGGUUUCUAGCCAUUUUGACUAUGUUCUGCCUCCACUGUCAGAAGCAAUAUGCCUCUGAUUACCCGUUGCUGGUAAUCUCAGAUGGGCAGAGUGCUGUUGCACUGAUGGCCUGCUUGUGGGCUUCCUAUAGGCAUCUGAUUGGCUGCUAUAAGAAUUGGAUGUCAGCCUUAUGUUCUUAAACUCUGGGGUAAGAAAGUGUAUUGUUAAGAAGACCAAAAUUAGUUAUAAACCACAAUUUUGGUUUCUUACAUAACGACAGGAUAGUUUUUAGCAAAGUCCUCUUCCUGUCUACGUGGGAGGAGGAAAGGGGAGGGGGAGAGCACAGAAGCCUGCUCAUGUAUCUAUCAAAUGGUUUAGUGUUAUGUGCAAACUAAACAUAUGUAUGUAGGAACUUGUACCUUAUAUUUCGUUCCUUAGAAGCUAUAGUUUGAAAAAUGAUUCUUGGCAUCUGCUCUGUAAUGGGAAUUGAUCUUCCUUCCCCCACCCUCCCACCUGCAGUACUUUUUAUAGAUCCCCAGGAGAGCUUUUCAGGCUCAACAUAACUAGAAAAUUGGCUUUUAUGAAUAUAUAAAUGUGUACAGUGUUUGAGACCUUUUUUAGUUUGGGGAUUUGAGUCAGACACAGUGACGAUAAAACCUUGGGCCUUAACAGCAAAACAUUCAUAUUGCAGGCCGUUUUUAGCUACUGCUGUAGCUAAACGUUAAGUCACAAACCACAUAGUUUCAAUUCCUUUUUUGGUGUUCCCUUGGUGGGAAUUGAAGGCAUGCCAUGUUCCUCAAUUCUGUUAUUAUGUGACCUGUGCUGGAUGUAGUUACUGGCCUGGAAGACUAAGUAUCUUUACAAGAUAACUGGCUGCAACAGAGUGAUUUAUACAGCUGUACAUCUGUGUUGGUUGUACUGUUAUAAAGUAGUUAUGUGUGGUCUGGUUUCUUCAGGCUCAUAGCACUGCAAACUUGCACAAGGGCAUUCUCCAUUUCUUCAGCAUCAGCAUGGAAGGAACACAUAUAGACAAGGAGCUGGUAAAUACUUCUUUCAAAGAAAUAACAUUUUAAAGUGGCUAGAACAGAACUCAUGAUAUUCACUCUUGUAUGUCAGAUUGCGUAAAUAAUUGUCUUGAAAACCUUUGUAAUAGGGUUUAAAAUACACACAAAUUUAGCUAUAUAGUCUUUUUAUAAACUCCUUUAGCUUUAUAACGUGUGUGACUGAAACCUUUGACACAAAUACAAUUAAUAGUACUACUUAUUAACUCAUUUCUUUAGAGAGGGCAGAUUUUUUCAGGAUUAAUGUAUGUUAGGAAAUUGUACUAAAAUGUGUUAAAAGUAGUGUAUUGUGAAAUUACAGGUUUCUUGUCUAAACAUACCUUCCACUAAACUUUCUUAGCACCCUUCUCUCCUUUAUGCACCAUAUUAUAACAAUUUUUGUUAAGUCUGUAGUAAACUUUUGACUAUGUAAGAUUCUUGGCAGGUCAUCUGUACAUAAUCAGGAUUAGAAGCUCAUCAGCAUUCUUUGUGAAACUAGUAUCAUAGGUCUUUUUCUCAGUAUCAUGUUCAGUAGAGGAUAACUAUUUAAUUGGAAAACAGUAUGGUUUAAAGUUAGUGAGAAAAAGCUUCCUGAGUUCCGUAUUUGAUAGAAGUUGCAGAACAUAGCUUUACUUAAGUGACUUAUCAAUAUGGAGGUAUCCAACAUUUAAAAAACAUGUCUGAUUCCAGUAGUCUCCUGGACUUCACUUUUCAUUCCCCACUUAUCAUUCUGUUUUUCUGUCUUCUAGGAAAUAUAUCUUGCUGUAGUAGAUAAUGUGGUUGCUAACUUGGAUAUUGAUUUAGUAUGAUUUAAGUCUAACCCUUCGUCAUGUUAAAAGAUUUUCCAUGUGGCUGCAUGUAAAGAAAAUAGGUUUGAGAAUCUUAGAAAGUUUCUCAGUGGUAUAUCAGCUUUUGUUACAUGAACAAUUGUAAUAUAAAAUCAGGUAAAGUCUGUCCAUAUUUGUAAGGUUUUUUUUAAUGUUUCUGCUUGUGCACUGGAUGAUAGAAAGGUGGUCUUUAAGUUUUAGGCUGCUAUCCUAACCCCAACCCUGCCUGCCAGUGGAGCCUUGUGUAGUGGUACAGCCACUGCCACAUCUGCUACCCAGCCACUUGCGGGGAGGGGGGCAGGGCUGGUGGCAGCAGCCACAGCAGCAUGAUUGGGCUUGAUACUUGCCAGCAAGAGCCAUGAAAACAGCUUGUAAUCCAGUUCAUUCCAGGCCAGCACAGCCCUGCCUCCUCCCUGCCCUUGUUUCAUGCCGUUCUGUUACGAGUGUGUACAUGGAUCCGCAUGUGCACAGCCAGCACUCAUGUUCACUGCUGAGAGGUUUAGGAUCUUUUCCUGGAGUUAUAAUGUGUGCUUGUUAUGGAUGUGCUUUAACCCUUAAUCUUAUGCCCACAAGAAGCUCCCACUCAAAGAAAUGAAGCUUGGUUUAUUAUAUAAAACAGGAGCGACAAAAUAUAUAUGAAACUGUUGCUUAGACAGCAAAGUUACAGGCUACGCAGGUAGCAAAUUACAUUACAUACUCACCUUAAUUAAAGAGUAAAAGGUUCCCUUAUUCUAAAAGCCCUACAGAAGCUGCCCUAAACCUGUGCUAGAAGGAGUAGGGAAACAAAAGUAUGCUUGUCCUUAAAGUGAAGCAGCAGUGUGUUGAGACCUGGGGAGCGCUGGUUAAGUACUAUCCUGUUGGAGCUAUGAAGGCCAACUAGCCUUUGAAUCUAAUAGGUUUUUUAAAAUACCCUUUUGCCAAGGCAUACUAGUGGAGAGGUAAAGGGUCUGUGAAAUGAUUGAUUCCUACCAUUUCCAUAAUCUCUUCCAGACUUUCCUGCCUAGUUCUCACCUUGCCCAUCUUUGGUCAUCCUGUUCCUGUUUGCUUAACAAAAGGGUGAAAGACUUUGAUGGUAUCUGCACCUGCCCAUCUCUGCCUGCUAUCUGCCUUUAAAUCACCUUACCAUUGUGGGGAUGGAUCUCACUGAGGAGUUGAGUAUCAUGUACUUGAAAACAAAAUUUGCAUGUGUUAAUCUUCUGGUCAGAUGUGGGUGAAGGCAGCAUAUGCCCAAAAUGCGUUUCAGCAAGAGGCUGGAGUCUGGCUUUUUCCAUGGUCACCAAAGCUCAUCAUGAAGGGUCUCAUGUCAUAUUAGAGAUCUGUCAAUCUUAUACUUAAGUCAUGAUCUGCUGAGAUAAACCAUAUCAUAAAUUCAGAUUAACACACACCUCCUUACAUUUCCACUGGUGAAUAACCCUCCAGCAUGCAUUGUGGCCACCUGUUCAGCAGAUUUUCUUCUGAGUCCAAACCCCUUACUGCCUGGCAUAGUGGGAUGGGGGUGGAUUGCCAUGCCUUAAAUACAAGUGUGUAAAAGUGUGUACUUGCUGAUUUCUGCUGUCAUAACAUACACCCUGGUGAAAUCCCUGUCAAAUAUAAACAUGUACAGGUAGCUGAUGAAUUGGCCUUAAGUGUAAUGCUACUUUUUGCCUUUAAUGUAGGUAGUUUAGUGUGCAUUUUUCACAAAGCAAAAAUAUUACGACAACUUUAGUUUUACAUUACACAUCUGUUAGAUGAGCAUUCUUUCAGCUGACAGCAUUAGUUCAAUUAAAAGUUGUGGUGUUUUUAAAAGUGAUGGUAGAACACUUAAAGUUAUUUGAGAAUGCUAAUCAAAUUAAGGACAUGCUUUGAUCAGAAUAAACUUACAUUUAUUUUAAGGUAUCUUACUUUUCUUAGAAGACUCGCUGAUUAAUAUUAAACAGUGCAAAUGGUUGGUGAAAAUGCAUACUUCAAAGUGUUUCUGCAUUUUAUGGAUCCUCUUAGUUUCUCCUUUCUGUCUCUGUUCUGAUUUAGUUCUAUUGCCUUCAGAGAAUCAGAUUCCAGUCUGUUUCAUCUCAGUAGGAAUUGCACAGACAAUGAGAAACUCCUUCCCUAUUUCCCCUUAUAUUUGCUUCAGUGUUAAAAUGUCUUGUGGUAACCUCAGGUGGGAGCUAUGAUGUCAGAAGCUUACAAACACAGUAAGAUGAAUGCAAAUUAGGAGUGCCAUCUGACAUGACUGAUGUAAGUAAGUGCAAAGCUGAUUGUAAUGGCACAAAAAAUCCAUAAGUUUAUCUGGACUGCGACAGCCAGGAAAACAUUCCUGGAAUUGUGGAAAAAUGCCUGGAACAACAGGCAUUGUUGAAGCAUCUUCUAUACAAGGGAAGGCUAAUAUUAAUUGGGGCAGUUUUUUGUUUUUGUUUUUUUAAAAAAGACAACAGAUGGGGCAGGUAUGCUUGAGAUCGAUAACAUUUUGAACAGUAUGAAGAGAGAGAAAGUUGUUUUCCUUCAACAAUACUAAAACUCAGGGUCAUGCAAUGAAGCUGAUUGGCAGCAGGUUGAAGGUUUUUAACAUGAUACAUGGUUAUGAAAUUCACUACCAAAUGAUUUUGUAAGAUCCAGUAUCUUAAACAGCUUUAAAAAGUACUAGAGAAAUUCUUGGUCACCAUAUUACCUAUCAUGCUGCAUUUUUUCAGCAAACGGGUCUUUAUUUAAGUUGAAUUUUUGCCUAAUUCUAUUGUGUCAGAACAUGUAACAGCUUGUAAAGACUGCAAAGCCCCUCUUAUUCAGCUUUCUGAUGAGUCAGUCCUUUUUCUGCAUGGAAUUGGACUACUGGGGAAGCUAAAUAGGUUCGUAUAAACCUCACUAGCUUUCAGUUACAUACUUUUCAGACACAGAUAAGUAUAGUAAGAGAGACACAGAGCAGAAGGUGACUUUCAUGAUGUGUCCUAGAAAGCUGCAAAUUCAGCAAUGUGUUGAGCGAGUUUUACUUGCACGUUAUUAAGUAUUGGAAACCUAUGUGACUAAGUUCUGUUUAUAGCAACAGAUAUAGUAUAUUGAAGACUAAGGAUUAUAGUUUAAGCAGAAAAUUAGUUCCUAACUCAGAGGUUUGUUAAUUUCAAGUUGUUUGACAAAAAAACAUUAAGAAUGGGAUUAAGGCUACUAUUACUUCAUGGAAUAAUCUCAGUCUCAAUCUCAGUGUAUUUGUAUUGUAAUUUUUAAAAACAGGCAUGCCUUUAAUGCCUUGGGAAGGUUUACAAGGGCACACAUGCCUUUCAGUAAUCUAAUCUAUAGACAGGCUGCUUUCACAUGAUAUCAUUUUGAAGGCCACUUCUUUAUGAGCGAGCUGGCAAAGAAUGCCUGUUUCAUAUUUGUCAAAAUUACAAUGUUGGUAUAAACAGCAUUCUAAAACACAUUUCCCCCCUCUGGCAUAGUGUAAGCAGUUUCAUUGCCUUUAAUUAAAGCAACAUUGCAAUAAUCAAACCUCAUAAUGUAUUGAAAAUUAAUCAUCAAAUGGUAGUAUUAAUAGCCAAAUAAGAGAGGGAAAUGUAAAUACAAAUACAAAUGUAAAAGCUUGUGGAACCAUACAACUGAUAAAUAAUUAGCCUUCAGUCCUUCCUCCUGAAUUAGAACAUUUUUAUGACUCCAACCUGAAAUGAGAAUUUAUGUAGGCUGUUUUUGCCUUCUCUGAGUUAAUAAGAUAACUUCAUCAUUUGGUAAUGUCUCAACAUUGGCUCCACUUAGUUGUGGUUAUCUUUUUUUUAUUAUUAUUAAAGAUUUCUUAGUUCACAAAAAUACGUGCAUUGUCUCUUUUUUCAAGUUUUCAAGUUUUUCAAGUUGUGUUUUCUACAGAUCAGUUUCAUUUGUUGUGAGACUUUAGUAUUGCAUACAAUGUUAGGUUAGGAAGAAAAGAGAGGGAAAGAGGGGGAAAUGGUGAGUUGGGUGGGGUGGGGUGGCAAUGCUUCUAUUCUUAGUGUAUGUGUGGGGUUUUGUUUCAGUGUCACAUGUGGGUUCUUUUACUAUUCGCUUGCUGUAUUUCCUUGGUGGUGAGAGAGAUUGGGGAUGGCCUAGGGUGUGGUUGGUUGUCUUUGGUUGGCUGUAGUUGUGGCCAUCUUAAAUUUGUGGUGCUUUAUGCACCCCUCAUCUAACCUUAAUAUACAAUCAUACCUUGGGUUAAAGUAGCUUUGGGUUGAGUGUUUUCGGGUUGUGCUCCGCAGCGACCCGGAAGUAACGGAAUGCGUUACUUCCAGGUUUCGUCGCUCGUGCAUACGCAGACGCUCAAAAUGACGUCAUGCGCAGACGCAGCGAAUCACGACGCGCAGAUGCAGGUUGUGCUCACUUCAGGAUGUGAACGGGGCUCCGGAACGGAUCCCAUUCGCAUCCAGAGGUACCAUUGUACUUUAGUAUUUGUCCAAAGUAUGUUAAGAUCUUAUUUUGAACAUUGCACUACUUAUUUUUAAAGUUCUUAAAUGCAUUAGCAUUGAAUAGUAAGAAGCAUAGAAUCAUAGAAUUGUAGAGUUUGAAGGCACACCAAGGGUCAUCUGAUUCAACCCUUGGUAGUACAGGAAUCCUGUCCACAGGCAUCCCUGGGUGGGCUCGAACUACCAACCUUCUGGUUAGCAGCCAGACACACUUGACACAUGUGCCACAGAACAUUAAUGAUCAUUAAUGGUACGGGGCAAAAUGUAGUUAAUUGUGUGCUCUGUUUUUUAAAGCGUAAAAAAGCUGGUAGGCGUUUAAAAGUUAAUAGAUAAAAUUUUUUUAAUCUGAAUGCACACAAGAGUUAAAAAUGCUACAUAAUUAAACCUUUUCUCAGGUGAUACCAUAGCCUAUGGCAAGAAUGGUGAAUCUGUAGUUCUUCAAAUGCUGUUGAGUCCAGUUGUCCAGCAGCCCUAGAUAGCUAGUGGUCAAAGAGGAUGAGAGUUGUAGUCUAGCAACAUCUGGAGGGUCACAGGUUCUCAUCUCCUGGUAUGCGCAGAUGACUUUGAUUAAAAAUAAAAAAAUAAAAUUAUUUAUACCUGUCUUCUUCCCUGACGGGACUCAAGGUGGCUUGCAGAUAAAAAUAAGAGCUACUAAACACAUAGGGAAAAAACCAUGAAAACACAAAUAAUUGAUAGAAUUAAAAAUUAUAUGCAUAUAUAAAAUAUAUUAAAACUGUACUGAUAAUUAUAAUAAAAACAUCAUGGCACCAGUCUUUUCAUUAAAAGCAAUUUGUUUUUGAAGGCCUGUUAGAACAACGAAGUCUUCAUCUGCUGGAGGAAGGACAACCAGGAGGGAGCCAGUCUAUUUUCUCUUAAGGAGUGAGCAGCCACCAAGAAUUCUCUCUCUUGUGACACUACCAAGCAUGCAGUCAUGAUUGUGAAUCAUGUCAUAACUUUAUAUGUAACCUAAAAAUUAACUUUUUUUCUGGCAUUCUCCUUUUAGGGGUAUCUAGCAGUAUUUGCAAGAUGCACUCUCAUGACGGUUUUUUUCUAGAAGAAAAGAAUUUUAUCUUUUGUAGAGAAGACUGCAUUCCACUCUAAGGCAAAAAUGCUGGAAAUAGAGGUAGUAAUAAGGGGAAGAAUCUGCAUUUAAUAAUUUUAGUUAUACUUAAGGCUUAGUUAGAGAGAGAGUGUGUAUGUGUGUGUAUAUAUAUGUAGAGAGAGAGAGAGAGAGGGGUAGUAAUAAAGGGAAGAAUCUCUCUCUCUCUCUCUCUCUGUGUGUGUGUGUGUGUGUGUGUGUGUGUGUCUGUAUGUAUAUGUGUAUAUGUGUCUAUCUAUCUAUUUAUAUCUAUAUGUAUCUAUAUUGCCCUCAAUGUUUGCCCACCCUUGGCAUAGCCUCUAUUUCUAGUGGGGUCUCCCUUAUGUCACAUUUUAGACUGUAAGCUCCUGAGAGCAAGGAUUUGUUCUCUUAAUACCGUGUAGAGAGUCAUGCACUCACUAAAUAAAUGAAAUAUUCUGAGCAUCUUAGCUGUUUCUAUUGCUAGAUUAUAUGAUACAAGCAGGAUUUUUGCCUUAGAGUGGCAUGCACUCUAUAUAUAUGGCAUGACUUGUUUUUGAGAAACCUGUGCUGAGUCUUAGUAAUCACAGCAUUCUUUUCUAAAAGCUCACAGACCGGCUUUCUAAUUAUCUAUUCUAGGACCUGGUAUCUAUGUCAGUAGUUACCUGCGUCUUCUUUCUCCCCUUUUUGAAGAUGGGAACGUUUGUCCACCUCCAGUCCACAGGGACCUUAUCUAUUAUCCAAGAAUACUCACAGAUUAUAGACAGAGGUUCCGAGAUUACAUCUGCAAACUCUUCUAGUACCCUUGGGUCCAGCUCAUCAGGCCCUAUUUAUCAAUAUUGACUAUUUUUCACUUACACCAAAUUUGUGAUGAUGGGGGUAUGUGAUCGCCAGGCCCAUUAGUAGUAUGGGAGGAGGGACAGGGAUGGCUUGUGCAGCCCUGCAACCUUUCAAUGUGUAUGGGUUGUCUUGAACCCACUUCAUCCCCAUAAGGGCCUGAUGCAGAGAGGUAGUUAUUUGCGUAAAUCUGCCCAAUGAGUUUUUGGCUAAGCCGUGAUUGGAACUGUGGAUUUUGUGCCUCUUGGCUUUCAGGUUUUUUUGAGUAUGAUUCUUUCUCUUCCUCCCUCUUGCCAUUCUGAAUCUUAAGUCUCUGCAAUGCUACACUAUUGCCAACUAAUUCUUAGGUUUUUGGAAGGAGAAAUAUCUACAGCUUAACUCUUUAAGAAAUGUUGGAAGCGAGUAGCUAAAUGGAAAACACUUUAAUGCAGAUUUAAGCUACACAAUCCGUAAUACGGAAAUGCAUUUAAUGUUUAACUUGGCAGAAGUAAAAAGAGAGAGAUAUUAUGUGCAACAUAAUGUCUUUCUAAGGUCAUUAUAAAAAUUUGUUUGCUAAAUGCACAGCUUGAAAAAGAGGCUAUAUUUGUGAAGCUUGUUUUCACCCAAAGUUUUUAAUGUUUCCUUUGAAUCAUGGUAGUUUCCCUUCCCUGUUAUAGAAGAUGCACAGUCUGUUACUCAGUAACUCUUGUUUUCACAUGCUAGACAAGCUUACACAAAACUAUUUAGUUGGACUAUGGCAGGCAGUUGAAAAUGGGGUAUAAAACUGGUUUUCAUUCCACUCAGGCUUUCUGGGCAACAUGAUGACUUGCCAAAAAACUUAUACUAAAAUAUGCAGUUCCAGAAAAUAACCCUGUGUUCUCAGUUGUUCCUAACCUUCUGAAGAUGGUAUGACAAGCAAUUUUUGUCAUAGUCAUUUCUAAAAUGGAAACAUAAAUAUGUAGAUGUGAUUAUAGUGUUAAACUGGAUGUCUGCUCUGUCUUUUUUAGGGUCAUGAUGAAGAAGCUGUUGUGGAUACGGGCAAAAUCAGCUCUACUAUCAACACAAACUUUGAGAAAGAAGAACUAGAAAGUAAGUAUAUAUUUUCAGUCUCGUUAGGAUUGUUAUUUUUCCCAAGUUCAAAAGUAAAACAUGUUAGAAUCCUAGUGCUGCACUUGUGUUAUCUGGUUUGGCAUGGUUGUAUUGAUGCCAUUUGAAGUCAUGCCUGGGAUUUCCACCUAAGUUGUUAGUGUGCAUUGCAUCCAAUAUGCAAGAUGAAGUCAGGUACAAUUACCCUUUCUCCUUUCUAGCUCUAUGCUUAGCCAUCCUUUCUAGUGAAAGAGACAGGAUUUGAGAUGCUCUGAGAACCUCAAGAGAGCACAACACCAAAAAACCCCCUCCUGCAAUCAUCUCCAGUUUGGAGUAGAAUCAGGGGUCAGAGAGUAUCCCUGCAGUUGUGCUGUGCUUGGGAUGUGCUUGUUGAAUGGUUUAAAGGGUAUUAGGAUAGCUACUGAUUUAAGCUCUCUAUGAUUUGCUGAAUAUGUUGAAAAUAUUUGUAACUGGUUGUGGAAGAGAAACAAACUUAUACAGGUAACCAUGUAAAAGAGAGUAUGCUAUACGUACAGGAAGAAAUCUAAUUAAGAGACUUGCACUGUACAACAGUGAAAGCUGUCUACAAACUCAGGCACACACUUUACUAAGAACACUUCACGCAAAGAACUUGAAGAUGUUAGUUGGACAGAAGACAAUGAUGCCAUUUUGUGAAGUGAGCAGUCAUCUAGUAUUUGCUUAUGUUAUGGUUCCUGAUGCAUCCUUGAAAAACGAUGGCUUGUGCCAUCUGCUUUUUCCAUGGCAUAAGUCCAAACAAAGCUCCUUAAGAGGGGGCUGCACUUGACUUUUACUUAGCUUCACUUAGGUUUUUCUUUGCCAGGUGUAACCGUGUUUACAUUUAAUAGUUCUAUUAUCUCGGAUAUGUGAUACUAUAAACUGUGUUCUUAAUAAUAGUGGCAGACUUUUCAAUCUGGAUUUCUGCUCUUUGACAGCAAAAUAUUCUUCCGUUUUUCUGUGUAUGUAGGUUUAACAUGUUAGCAUAAUGGAGAAAUCCUUGAACAUGUGUAAGAAAAUGCCAAAGCUAGAUUGCAGUUUUAAGCAAAAAUUGUUUCAAGUAGGCUCCAUUGAAGCUAGAGUGCUAUGCUUCAUAGUUAAUGAGUUUACAAAAGAGGUAUUAUAUAUAUCUGAAUGAAUAAAAUCAAGAAUGAAAUUGUAAUAUUGAGUUGCCAGAGAAGGUAGAGGUUUUUUUAUGAGACGAUCCUUUGUUAGCGUAAGAAUUUUCUGGGUGUUUUUUUUAAAAUAUAAGAUUUUAUGUUGCAUAUUACUAGCUUACAGGUAUAAUACAGUAAUUAUAUAAAAUUAUUGGAUAAAAAGUAGUGAAUUGCUUUUUUUAAAGUGUAUUCUGAUGCUAUGCAAAAAUCAGCUGAUAUGGAAUUGCCUUUAAUGUAUUUUGUUCAUUUUCUACGUAUCAUAAGUUUUCCAUGGUGUGUGGUCUGAGUAUAUACAGUAGAAUAAGUAGUGAGCACCUUUUAAGAAAUUUUAAAGUGACACCAUUAAUGACCUUAACUGGUAAAUACCAUUUGUGGAUUUUGUCAACUAAGCUUGGAUAAAGUCAUGUCUGAUUAAACCAAACAACUGUCUCUGGAGCUAUGUAUACUAAAUUUAGUGUCCUUCAUUCUAUUAAUGCUGUUGAGUAUUGGAUUAAGCUAAUUCGGUAACAAGCUUUGCUUGGGAUUAGUAUGGCACAGCCAUUGUGGAAGUGGGGUUUCUGAAGGUCAUUUAACAAUUCAGCAGUAUCCUUUGGACUAUAAGGAUUUUUUUUGUAUAUGACUUGAGACCAUGGAAUUUAAUGGAAUUACUUAAUAUUUUUACAUAUGCAUAUGUUCCUCUUCCCCUCUAUCCCCCCUCUCUCCCACAUACCCAGAGACGACAUUGGGCAUCAUAUCUUCUUUGCAGUAUGCCUCGGUGAAAUGUGGAAGUAGUUUCAAGUUUUUGAUGAAGGGGAUACUAUGGUUAAUUAGAUGCUUCUAAUUAUUUCAUUGUGGCCACUACGAAGGGGAGAAGAGAGAACAGGCUGUGUAUACAGGCAAAAGGCUCAUUUAUAUCUCGGUUCCUUAAGCUUGAGUUAGGAUUAUCUAAAUUCACCUGGAGUGUGCCAUUCUAGUAGACCUUUCCCCAAGUAGAUCUAUUUGUGAAGAAUUCUUACACACACACAUACCAGUUCCUCUACAGUGUUCCUGUGUAUAUUUCUUACUUUUCAAUGUCUAUUUUCUUUCUCUUUCAACUGUGGGUGUGAUCAAGUUUGCUUCCUGCUUAAAUUGCAGUGAAGUCGAACAUCCUGCGUUUGACUUAGAAGCCAGGUUUGAUGUCAAACUGCUGGCCAGCUGCAGCUGGGAACAGGACUCUUUUUCUGACCUAGACUCAGUAAAAAAAACAAACGCCGCAAUUCAGUGAGGUGAGGCUUACAGCAAGUUCUAAAUCACCUGCUUUGAAGUUGAGAAGAAUACCGAUUUUGACGGGGUUCCAACCGACACCAGUUUAUUGAUUGUGAUAGACAUUGACAAUAGCACACAUGGUCUUGACAGUUUCAUUACAGGCUAGUUUAGAUGUUUGAGUUCAGUGCUGCUUCCCACCUCUUUCUUUCUUUCUUUCUUUCUUUCUUUCCCUAACCCUUCACCCGAGCAUCAGAGGGCGGUUUACAACAUAAAAACACAAAAAUACAUAAACACAGUAACAAAAAUAAUACUCCCUCCCAAGUUUCACUAGCUAAGAGCCUGUGAGAAGAGGAAUGUUUCUGAGGGUGCCAGGCGAGCCUCUCUGGGGAGCCACAAGUGGGGAGCCACUGCAGAAAAUGCCCAUUCUCAUGUUGCUGCCCUCUGGACCUCUUGUGGAGGAGGUAAACGGAAGAAGGGCCUCAAAUUGUGAUGACAGGGUCUGGAUCAGUUUUUAUGUGGAGAGGUGGUCCUUGAUGAAUUGUGCCUGAGCCAGCACUUUGAAUUGGGCCUGGAAACUAAUUGAAAGCUAGUGCAGUCGUGCCAGGAUCGGUGUAAUAUGCUCAAACUAUGUUGUUCUGGUGAGCAAGCUGGCUGCUGAAUUCUGUACCUGCUAAAGUUUCCGAACUGUCUUCAGAGGCAGCCCUACAUAUAACACAUUGCAGUAAUCUAACCUUGAGGUUACCAGAGCAUAGGCAAUGAUAAGCUAUUCCUGUCCAGAUAGAGGUGCAGCUGGGCUACUAGCUGAAGCUGAUGGAAGGCACUCCAUGCCACUAAGGCCACCUGAGCCUCAAACUGACGUGCUUUUUUUCUUUAAAAAACUGCAUGAGUUUUUCCAGAUAUUCAGAAUAGAAGGAUGGGGCAAGGAGAUCCUGUUUAAUAUUUCUCCAUGUCAUUUUGCAGCUGUGAGGCCACUUUCAGUUCAACAAAAACACUGUGGGGGAAAGGGAACAUCUUAUUGUAUCUAGUUUGGGCCCAGUAAUGUAUUCAGAUUUUAGUAUUUGGAAAUGUAAAAGCCUGCCUUUUCUGUCUAGAAAAUGAAAUUGUGGUAGCCUAAGAUAGUAAAUAGAUUACCAAUUAUCACAUGAUUUGCAUAGUAUGUGAUUUAUAUAAUAGUGUAAUAAAUGGAAUAAGUAGUGAACAUCUACAAAAAUUCUAAAACGACACCAUUAAUGACGUUAUUACUAUGUACUGUUUGGCAAACUACUGUGGAUGUUGCAGCAGCAGCUUUCCUUUAUCUAUUGGUGGUUGGGCAAGGUGAUGUUUGAAGUCCUUAACAUAUCUCAUUAUUCUGUACCAAAUUCAUUUUCUGAGCUGGUACAUCCUUUAAGGAGUUCAAACCUUUUCUUGAAAGGGGUCUAGAUGUUAAAAAAUCAGUGAAGAUGUUUUUAUUUCUAUCCUGAUAAUGAAAAAAAGAAAAUCAAUUUGUGCCAAAUUGGGACUUCUCUGUUGCCUUCAAAUUCUUGUAAAUAGAACAUUAUUACAAUGUUCCUCAAAUAGCAGGAUUGGCUCUUUGUCAACUUUUGGAUAAUUCAUGUGUACUGUAUAGUACAACAAGUGUCCCAAUCCUAAUUUCAAGUCAAUUAUGUAGUCUGUGGUUGUCUGCUUGAUAUGCCUAAUAUGUUUCAUAACAUUUUUGGUUAAGGUCACAGAGCUGUUUAUAUUGGUGUGCACGUCCCCUUUGGAAAGCAGGGUCGACGACGUCAUAGGCACCGUGGACAUAAGCAUCAUAGAAGAAGAAAAGAAAAGGAAACUGACAAAGAAGAUGGGCGAGAAUCUCCAUCCUAUGGUAAAAAAGAAAAAGAAAAAGAUAGUUCUUUCAUUGUGCUUUAAGCAGCAAUAUAGUAAAACACAAUUUUUGGUUAUUUUUAAGAAGAGUAGAAUUGACAGCAUGGUAGGGUUUUAUGGGCAUGUUCCAGAGAAAUUACAUUAGUUAGUUGCCUGUGUUUAUACAAUGUUCACAAAGCUUAUUGCCUCAUCAUUAUUCUUUAUGAACUUUUUACGUCAAGAACUUGCACUCUGUACUUGUGCUACAUAAUCUUAAAAUUAUUACAUCUGGUCAGUGGCUAGUCAGAUUAGAUUCAGAACUUUUUAAUUGUUUUCUAAUAUAGAGCCUUGAAAAUGGUGGGGUUUCAGAAAUGUUUACGUGGCUUCUAACUUGAUUUUUGUGUUAAAUACAAGAAAUGUACAUGACUACAGAUAAUGAAAUGAAUGUAAAGAGAGAAAAGGGGGAAACAUUGCGUAACAUGAGUGUUGUAAUGUUAAAGGAGGAAGUUGUAUGAUGGAGAGAGUCUGAUAUCCAUAAGGAAGUAGUUCAGGAAUUUGGAUUUGUGAAUUUCAAUUUAUUAAUGCACUCAAAACUGUAGCAAGAUUAAAGCCAUAUAACAAACUUAACCAAACAUUCAGUAUUAUUCAGGAGAAUAUGCAUUCUGCCUGGAUUGUCCAUAUAUAUAUUUUAAAUAGUUAAUAUCCCUGGAUUCCCAAGGAUCAUGUCCAGUUUAAUCCAUGACAAUUGUUGUGACUAUGAUCAUGGAAAGACAUGGAGCUAAAUGUAUGUACUCCCAUUUAACAUCCAAAUGCAUUUUGCUGCCUUUGCCAUUUUUGUUCAGUGGAAGGUUUUGCUAGAAGGUUAAUAGGUUAGAAAUGAGUUAAUCGAAAAUGAAAACGCAUCACUACUUGGGUGUUUUGAGCCUUUAAAAAGACUCAAAUCAAGUUUGGAAAUCUUGGUACUGGAACAAGAGGCUUUAUUUCAUUCUCAAACCAUGAUAAUCUCCUUUAUCUGUUAAGGAUUUUUGUCUGUUUUUCUAUGCCGGUUAUGAUUUCUGUUUGUAAAGAAAUCUUUCUGCGUAAAGAUUAAGUACCAUUUCAAAUGUUCCUGUAUUUACAAACAUAGCAGUCAUUCUUCUCUCUACAAAUUUUGUAUAUUGCUAGUACACAAGCACAGUUUGCUCAAGACCAUAUACUACCUUCACGGUAGAUGUGUAGAAUCAUAGAAUUGCAGAGCUGGAAGGGACCCCAAGGGUCAUCUAGUCCAGCCCCUUGCAGUGUAAGAAUCUCAGUCAUAGCAUACAAGGGGAAGAGAGGGCAGUGCGUGAAGAGAAUCAUGGUUUAAUGUUAAUGUGAGCCAGCUUAAAGAAUCUUGCUUAUAUAUGGCCAAGGGAAAUAGGUUAUACAUGUGCACCAGUGAGUCUUUGCCUCAUGUAUGUUUGGCAAUGGUUCAUAAAACCUUUGUAAACCAGGGACUAGCACAUGCCUGUGCACAAAAGGAGACCCUGAUCAUGGGAUCCAUUUGUGCAAGACAGAUUCCUGGAGUGUGUAUUGUAUGGGCACUCUUUCAUAAAUGCUGCAGUCCGACUGAUCUCAGUGAGACCUAGCCAUUGCAGAGUUUCUGCAAACAGUGCUCUGUUUUGUUUCAAAUUAGCUGUAUGUAUUCAUGUACAUUCAUUGCCCACUAAGAACCACUGGAAUAUGGGGAGCUAAAAUCUAAAUAAUAGAUGGUGUUAUUUUUCUAGAAAGUUGGUGGUUAAAAAGUAACUUCUCUUCCACUUCCAGCAUCAGUGGUUGUCUUUUUGUUUUUAGCAGUGUGAAGGUAAGAGUUUGACAAUCUAAAGCUUAAACUAAGAUGUGCCCUUCACAAUCUUAUUUCCAUCAAGACACACCAUCCCAGAGGGUACAAUUUAUCCUGGGUACCGAGGAUGAUGAUGAAGAACACAUUCCCCACGAUCUAUUCACUGAAAUGGAUGAACUUUGCUUUAGAGAAGGAGAAGAAUAUGAAUGGAAAGAAACUGCCAGGUAACCAAUGAAUAUUCCUCGUCAAAUUCUCUCACUGAUGAUUACAGCACAAAGAGACUUGGCCCUCCAGUUUACAUUAAGACAAGUGGAAAUCUGUUUGAAGUGCCUGAUAAGUAUUCCUUAACACCUAAGCAUACUUCUCCUAGCUCCACGGCUGUUGAUGCUACUGCUUAUUUUAAAAAAAGAUAUUGCUCACUUUUAUAUAAGGGUGCUGGUGUCAAGUGGUAGGGUGGUUGAGAAAUGAAGGAUAAAUGAGGCUGUAAUCCUGUACUCUUUUACCUGGGAGUACGUCCUAGUGAGUUUAGUACGGCUUACUUCUGAGUAGGAAAGAAUACGAUUGUACUGUAAAUAUUUUAAUAAAAGCAAACACUUAAAUUAUAGAAUGUAUGGAAAGAAGAUUCUGAGAAGCAGGGCCAAAUGAGAGAUUUUAUGUAUUCUUAUUUAGUUCUUUUUGUUGUAAAUUGCCCUGGGGCCUGUGCAAAGAGCGGUAUAUCAAUCAUCUAAAGAAAUACAUAGAUUGUAAAUAGCAGAGUUUUUUAAAAUUAAAAAUAGUUUUUAUUAAGGUUUUUUUGUGUUUAAAUAGCAGUAUUUUGAAAAAUAACGACUUGUUAGUGUGCAUGUAGCUCAGUGUAUUUUCGUUUCAGAUGGCUAAAAUUUGAAGAAGAUGUUGAAGAUGGUGGUGAUAGGUGGAGCAAACCUUAUGUGGCUACCCUGUCUCUGCACAGUCUCUUUGAACUGAGAAGCUGUAUCUUAAACGGGACAGUCAUGUUGGAUAUGAGAGCCAGUACGCUGGAUGAAAUAGCAGGUAACAGCCAGUUUUCCUUUAAGAUUUUUAAAAUUUUGCUUGUGUAGAUCUAGUUCUAAAACAAACAAACAAACAAACAAAACAAAGCAGUUUUUCAGUUAUUCUGUCUAAGAAAGAAACACGAUAAAGGCAAAAAAUUUCCCACCAUUAUACUUAAAGCUUGAAGUUAAAAGUCCUGCUGAUUAACUGUGUUUCAUUAGCAGAUAAGGGCCAUGCUAAAAGUUGUACUUGCUUUAAUUUUCUGUAGCAUAAUGUUGUAACACUAAAAAAAUCAUUUUAUUCCGUGUGUUAGCAUAAAUCUUAACCAGAACCUCUCUGAGGCUGGGGUAUUGUCACUGGGGGAGAUAACAAGAUGGUUCCAGCCUGAGGGUUUAUUGCAGGGCUUCGUUGCUUAUUCUGUCGCUCUGCUACAUAUUUUGUUGGCAGCAAUUUUAAGUUUUGGGAUUAAAUCUAAGCAAAAAUGUGCCUCAUUCAGAAGAAAUCUGGACAUUUCCAAAUAAGGACCACAUUGUAUACAGUAUGAUUGCAUCUUGUGCACAAUUCACUUGCGUUAUUUCAACCUUGUGCGGUUGAAAGACAGCUGGUUGAAAUUGCACAAAUUAAUUGCAUGCAUGGCGGAGAGCUUAAAAGCUCUUUUUGUGCUGGGUUUUGCUGGCACGGAAAGAGCUUUUAAUGGCUCUGCCUUGUAUACUGGGCAAGUUCUGCUCAGUGCAUGGACUCUGGGAUGCUAUCAUGAGAUCUCGCAGGAGCUUUGCAUUGUUUAGAAAAUGCUUGCUUUAUAAUCUUUAACCAGAAUCAUCAUUUACCAAAGGAAAGUCUUACGGAUUGCUCUUAAUGUGGAAUUUGACUUAAAUCAGCUUCAGGAGGUCACUAUAUUUUUGAUUUAAUCUUUUUCUCUCUAUAGAUAUGGUAUUGGAUAACAUGAUAGCUUCUGGUCACCUGGAUGAAUCUAUGAGAGACAAUGUCAGAGAAGCUCUUCUGAAGAGGCAUCAUCAUCAGAAUGAAAAAAAAUUCACUAAUCGGAUUCCCCUUGUCCGAUCCUUUGCAGAUAUAGGCAAGAAACAUUCUGACCCUCUCUUGCUUGAAAGAAAUGGUGAGAUAAGUCAUGGCAUUCAGUUUGUUUUAACUUUUAACAAAUUUAAUGCAGAGAUGUGAGAAAAGUCAGCACACUUGAAGAAAACAAGUUCAUAAUUCAUUCCUGAUAUAUAAGGAGUUGAGUAAACAUUUGUCUGUAGAAUUAGUGACUUUGUCUUCAUGCCUUUUGAUCUGUAAGAGUUGAGAACUGUGCUUACACCACUGAAUAUAUGGAUAGAUGCUUGUGAAACCAAGGCUUAUGAAUAUUGUGUCUUGUUUUAUUAUAUACCUCCUAUUUUCUGGCUCUUCCUGUUUUAUGCCUAUGCUACUGAAUUUUAUAAUAAGUCCAUUUUUCUUUUAGGAAUAAUCAAUAAAUGAUAUUUUGGUGAGGAAAACCACACUGCUUUUUAUCUAAAUGAUUGCCUUGGUUUCUCCUGUUUGCUAUUCUCUGUAUGUGCAUGUGUUUAUAUUUGCUUAUAAUAUAGAAUCAUUAUAGGAUAGUCUGAUAGUGUGCUUUUUAUUUACUGAGUGGCUCUUACAUUUGGUGUUUCAUUUCUGUUGGUGUGGUUUCUGAUGCUAAAAAAAAUAGAGUCACUGCUCAGGUAAUUUCAGGUAAUCAAUGUGUAUCUCAUUUUAUAUUGCUAUCUAUACUCUUAAUUAGAAUUAUCACAUAUUUGACUUUUCAUGUGUGUAUAUUUCAAAUUGCUGAUUUUGAUAAAACCUGCCUCUAAAGAUAUUGAGUUUGGUAGCUCCACAGCAAACUGUUGCAUUGUUAUUAGGAGCCUGUAAUCAGUACAGAGUCUUUUUAGGCCCUAAACCUAGUAUUUUUCUUCCAUACCUUCCUGUGGGGACGUGUUUUUAAAGUAGGAAAAACAAAGGUUCACAUACUGUUGACACCCUAGGUCAGGAUAGUGACUGUGUUUUUAUUUUGCAUGUUGUACUUCAGAUACUGUACUUUCUUGUUUUUCCCAGAACUUGUUUUGCAGAAGGUGCUUAUAUGUCUGCUUUAAUAUAUAUAGAUUGCUUUAUCAUAAGCAUAGCACUUAGAUGUUUUGCUCAGUUCUCUCGGGAUCUUAAGCAGUCACCAGUAAUAUAUUUCUCCUUCCUUCCUUCCUUACCUUGUAGAUAUGUGUACAUAUAAGCUGACUUUUUUAACAUCGAAAAUUCUGCUUAGCUCUUAUGUUUUGCUUAAGUCUUAUCUCACCUAUGACUGAGUGAUGUUUUGUGUUUUUAGAGUUUUGUUAUAUAAAAUAUGAAUAACUUGUCUUCCUGCUGAACAUUUUUUUUUAUCACUUUAUUUGUUUUACCUCAGGGGAAGGCCUUUCAGCCUCCCGCCACUCUUUACGAGCUGGUCUCUCUGCCUCAAAUAUUUCCCUGAGAGGAGAGAAUCGCUUAUCCCUUCUUCUCAAUUACCUUCUUCCUGGAUCUCCAGCCGUCUCAAGGAGCGCAACCCCUUUACCUACCCCACAAAGCACUCCACCUUCCAGUCCUAGGUGCGGUCACAAGGGAACCACAAAUUUACCACCAGCUGAGCACCAGGGUGCUGAACUCCUAGUGUCUCCUUCUAGUGAUGAUAUCCCUAAAGUAGUAAUUCAUCCACCUGAGGAGGAUUUAGAAGCUCAGGAAAGCGAGGAGAAGACGACAGAGGAUAAUAGUGACAUAAUACCAGGCAACUAUUUGAACUCAAAUUGUCCAUGUGUGGUGCUUUCUGCAGCUGAAUCACGUCCACUGCAAAGUUUUUAUCACACAGCUUGAGCAAUCAUGAGUUGUAUAUCAGUCUGUCACUCGUUUGCAUGCUUCAUUUCUUCUUGUGUGAUAUUUUCUUGUGUGAUACUUUAGUCAGUAUUACGAACUAGAGUUGACACUGAAAUAUUAACACAAGUAUUAACACAUUGAAAGCAAUGAAAUAUCUGAGUAUUUCUCCAUACUUUUUAUGUUCAUAACCUAAAGGAAUUCAUUCAGCAAGUGCUUCUGCCUUUAAAAAAUACGAAAGAAACAAGCGAGUUAUACAUUAUAAACUUGAAACUAAGAUACCAAAUGGUGGCCUUUUACUACUUUUUAAACCUCGUAAUUUAUAGUAGGUGAUGUAUACUUCAGCACCAGAAGAUGCCAGUUACCUUAAAAAUUAUGGUCUGUUCUUUGAAAACACAGUAACAUGCUGUACCCAACUUGAAAUUCCUACUUCAGGGUAAUAAACCAGUUCUUUCCUGUUUAAUUUGAAAAGGGCCACUUUAACUGUAGCCAGCCCCCUUUUAGGAAUUGUAACAAGGAGAGGAUUGUGCAACAGCUAAGGGGGCAUUUAAUUUUUCUGAAUUAAAUGGGUAAGAGCUGUCAGUUGCUAGUGUACUUGAACUCUAAACUCCAUUGGUUACAGCAACACUUUAUACCUGUAAGAUUGAUGUGGAUGCCUUUUGCAGUCCUCAGUGUUCUGGUCUUAUUCACUUCCUGCGUGAGACCUCUUGCAUCAGUCUCCUGUUCUGCACAGUAGCUUUUUGCACAGAGGUUGAGACUAGGAAGAUUGACUACUCUAGCUAGGAGCUUAACAUCUGAUUAUGUGUGUUGGUGUACAGCAAAUUAUUUUUUCAGGCUAUUGUAGCAAUCAGUAACCAGCAAUCAGUUGUUUUAAGACCUGCGAUGUAAAUGUAAAGUAUGUAUAUAUUUAGGGUUAAAUGCUCUGAAAGUCUUCAAACUGCAAAGUCGAAUGUACAUUUUUUUUUACUUUUGACAGAAGUAGGUCCCCUGCAAAUAUGGACUAAACAUCUCUCUCUUUCUCUCUGACUCACGUUUUGUUGCAGUGCUGUGUAAAGUGUGACGCAGCUUGAAGAUGCUUUGUAAGCCAUAUCCUGAAAUUAUUGCUUUUCUCUGAGGUUGUUUUAUUCAAUUGCUUUCCUUUGUUGCUCUGUUUCUUGGUUGCUGUCAUCUGGGGGCACUUUGAUAUAUUAGAUUAAUUUAAACUUUGAGCUUUUUGUUAUCUCAUGUGAGAAGAUAUGACCAUUGUAGAUUUUCAUGGAAUUGUGUCUUUCAGUAAAUAGAUAAUCUGCUCUGCAGGUAUUGGCACUGUCUGGGAUCAGACAACACACUGCAUAAAACAGUCCUAAGUUUUCUGAACUUGGAUUCCACUAGAAUACGAUGCAAGGGAAAUAAUGAUAAUUUAGUAUGAAGUAGUGUAACUAAGAGUGGGCAAGCAAUUGUCCUAGAGUACAUUUGCUUGCCUGCUCUGCUACUGCAGAGAAAGCCUUCUCUUGCAUUCCCAAUUUACAACAGUAGUGUUUUGUAGAAAACACCCCCCCCCCACACACACCAAUUAAGUGGGAAGCCUUGUAUUGGAGAAAUGGGUACUUCAAGUUUCCUGGUCUAAACUAAUUAGGGUUAUAAAGAAAAUAACCAGCAUCUGGAAUUGAGCUUGCAAACAGACUUGGAGCCAGUGAAGUUGAUUCAACAAUGAAGUAAUGUGAUACCAUUUACAAGAAAGAUUUGGUUGUUCCCACCAUAAUGAUGCCUCAGUGGUCCUAAUCGACAACCUCCAGUGGUGUUUCUGUAGAUGUUCAACAUGUUGGGGACAAGUUGUAACUCUGUGGCUCACAGUAAGCUAGUGGCCAUGGAAUUGAGCAGUACCCCUCAGAUACCACCUUCUGAGACUUGCCUGCUAGAAAGGACCAGGGAUACUGUAAAGCAGUGUCACCAGCCCCAGGAACAUAAAAAGCCGCUUGAGACGUUAAGCAGAACCAACAGGACCACACUUCUCUUGUCUAGUUUCUGAUAUACUGGGCAAUCCUGUUGGAGGAUGAUAAGUACCAUCACAGUUCCAAAGCAGGGUUGGAAGCAAGACUGAACCAGCUGAGGCAAUUUCUUUUACAUUUAUUUAUUUAAUGUUCCUAAUGUGGACUGUUUGUUUCUGCACAAAGAGGUGGGUGGUUUUUUUUGCAGUGGCUUAUUGAACUCUGUGUUAUAUACCAGCUCUGUGAUUCUGUGAUUUCUUGGUAGCCCCAUCUGCAUCUUGUCAUGACUAGGCCAAGGUUCUUAAAAAUGCAGUUUUAAAACCAUGUAUUUCAUAGAAUGUUACAACAGAGAUAACAUAUUGUGUCUGUUGUCCAAAAUGGUGAAACAACAGUUCCAAAAUAGUGUACAAGACUAGAUGGUAGACAAAGCAGUGAAGCAGAAAAGAAAAAAAGUUGGCAUCUUGUAAGAGUUUUAAUUAGUAGCAGUAGUAGUAGUAGUAAUUUUAAUAAUAGUAAAAUGUGUAUAUCACCCUUCAAAACUAAUGCAAAUCCAUUGAUUUUAAUAGGUCUGCUCUGAGUGUAAUUUUGUUGGAUACCACUCUGAUAUGUCUUUGAAGUUUAUAACAGUUCUUCUUGUUAUUGGUUUUUUCUUAAAACUGGUUUGCCACCUUGGGAGCAGAUGAAACUGCAGUGUUAACUCCAAAUAAAAUUGGUUCCUCUUGUUCAUGUGUAAAAUUAAUUCUUAGGAUCAUGGGUCACAUCCUAUUUAAAAUAUAUUCUUGCUUUAGUGUUGACUAAUGGAAGAGAGAUGUAAUCUUGAGGCCAGUCUUGUAACAAGCUAGGUGUUUUGCUAGGUAUUCUAAAGUAUGUUUUUGUGGUUUUUCAGACUCAUAGAAAGUAUGACAUCCCUCUGAUGCACGAUCCACACACAAAGCAUUGGUGGUUAGACACACAUUCUUAUGUUCUCUUUUAAAAAAUAACACAUUUUUGUUCUGGUGCAUUUUGCAAAAGGCCAUCAUUUAGGCAACAUCUAAUUUCAACUUUUUAACAAGUGUUCAUUGUUUUUCAGAAGAAAAUAACUUGUUUGUGUGGCAUUUUUGAUACUAAUGCACCUUUUGUUUAUUAACUUCCACAUUCGCUUUUAGAAAGCUGCCACUGUCAUUGUGUAACUAAGUGUGUUUUCUACUGAUGUAAUUUUGAAUGGCCCUGUAUAUUCUGCUUGUAGGACUUCUUGCAUCGCCACAAUCUGCACCCGGUAAUUUGGACAUUGGAAAAAGUGGAGAACUUAAAAGCAGUGGAACAGGGGGAAGUAGAGAAAACAGCACUGUUGAUUUCAGCAAGGUAAACUAUGUCAUUUAGAGAGUAGAGAGAGAGCUUUGUGAAUUGUAAAGCUGUUUAUUUAUUCUGGGUUUAUGAUCAUUAUUUGUAUAUUGUUAAAAGCAAAAAUUCUAAGUGAUUUUUUGUUUGUUUGCUUAUUUGAAGUUACUUGUGGCAGAUUUCCAAUAGAUCUGUAAUGACUCCUGGAAAGAAAUUAAGAAUUAUGAACACAUUUCCAUAAUUUUCUAGACUGUAGGAUUAGCAGCUGAUGUCUGUACAUUACUUCCUAUAUAAAUGACCAAGGAAAUCUCCUACAGCCACAAACGAUGACCAUGGUUUGUUUUAGCCAUGGUUUCUAGUAUGUCCCCUACCCCAAGCUGCCUCUUAUGCCAAUACCCAGUUAAUACCUGAACACAUUUUGUAGUGCUCCUGGAUUGGCAUGGCCUCUUCAUCACCAGCUCAUUUAUUAUUGGCCAGCUGCAGAAACAGGGUAGAGAACUCCUCCUGGAAAUCUCUGGCUACAUUUGGUGUGCUUAGAGAUAGCAAGAGUCGUGCAGCCUUACGGAUGAUUCUGUUUUCCAGCCAAUAUUCCCUUAUGCCUUUUGUAGCAAGGUUGUACCCUACUUGGUCACAGUCCAGUUGCGGCAGUGGAAGCCUGGUAUGUGCCAGUGCUGCUAAAAUCGACACUUUAGGACUGAGUUCAAGUGUGCAGAACUGAAUCCUUUAGUAUUGGAAUGAAUGCUAUCUUGCAGUGAAGGUUUUAAUGCGGUGUAUAUUUUAUUUCCUGGAAACAAUAUAUGACCCUACAUUUCUGUUGUUGCUUGAAGCAUUUAAGGCUCUAUUCCUCCUCCUAGUUUUCUGUAUUUAAACCUGCAGAGGGACAAGAUUGCAUCCACUUGUUUUAUAUAAUUCAGUUGAGCAAUGUAAUUACUAAUUUAAAAGUUGUCUGUGAAUGUGCAUCUUGUAAAUUAAAUGUAAACGAAGUUAACUUGCGUUUUAGUUAAUCAUGGCAGAUGCCACUAUUCCUGCUCCUCUAUCACAGUUUUUGUGUUUUUACUUGGCCUAUUCUUCUCUGCACCUGCCUUGUCUCCUGUUGGGCAGGAGUCUGCCUCCUGGCACUGUAGUUGUGGCACACUUGGUGUGGGACUCAAGAGGCCAGCUGUAAGUUUUAUUUCCUAGAUAGCUGUGUAACUGGUGUCUUAGUUUCAGUGAUCUUUGUGUAUCUGUCUGUAUGUGAACCGAUAGUUCAUGUGCUGUACAAUAUGGUGGUAUUCUUCUGUAAUUAUAUACACAGUUUGCACAAUUAAUUUAUUAAUAAACCUUAUACAGUGGUGCCCCGCAAGACGAAUGCCUCGCAAGACGGAAAAACCGCUAGACGAAAGGGUUUUCCGUUUUGAAGUUGCUUCGCAGGACGAAUUCCCCUAUGGGCUUGCUUCGCAAGACGAAAAUACCUUGCGAGUCUUGAGGUUUUUUUCGCUUUCCCCCUUUAUCUAAUCUGCUAAGCCUUUAAUAGCCUUUAAUAGCCUUUUAGCAGCUAAUCCCCUAAGCCUUUAAGCCUUUAAUAGCCGCUAAACCGCUAAUAGCGCUAAUAGCGCUAAUCCGUCAAUGGGCUUGCUUCGCUAGACGAAAAAACCGCUAGACGAAGACUCUCGCGGAACGGAUUAAUUUCGUCUUGCGAGGCACCACUGUAUAUAUAUAUCAAUAGAUACUUCUCCAAAUCUAGUUUUUCCCCUCAGGCUGAUUUUAUAAAAUGAAAGAACUUUGUAUAUAACUGCAGUGACUUUUUAGUGAUAUUUGUAGAUACCAAUAAUAAAAACUGUUUUUUAAAAAAGUAGUUGUGUUUAAAUAUUUAUACUAAAAUAUGCAACAAUGUGUGCAGAUAUGGUUACAUUAUAAAGGUAUUUCUGAAGCUUCUUCUGACACACAUUUGUUCCUGUAGCAACACCAUAGUGUUCUGUUCACAACAGUCACAUACCAUUAAUCCUAGUUUUAGAAACACUUUUAGCAUUAAUCAACUGUAAACUAAGUAGCUAUUUUUAAUCCUUGUAAAUAGGUAGAUAUGAAUUUUAUGAGGAAGAUUCCCAUAGGUGCAGAGGCAUCAAAUGUGUUGGUGGGAGAAGUGGAUUUUUUGGAGAGACCAAUUAUUGCUUUUGUGAGGCUGGCCCCCGCUGUACUUCUCUCAGGCCUUACAGAAGUUCCUGUUCCUACCCGGUAAGGAAAAUCUUACAUAUAAUAAAGCUGGAAUUUUGUAUUUGUAUAAUACGGUUUUGACUCUAAGCUUUUCAGGCAGAAAUUCUUAACUGAGAAAUACUUCCUUUGCUGCCACCUCCUUGUUGUUGUUUUUUACUUUGUGCAUUGGUGUGAAAUACUGUAGGUACAUUUUAUUUCAUUUAAAAAAAAUAAAUGGAAAUGGUAAUCUGCUGCCACUAACUGAGCUAGACACUGGGCAGCCUUCCAGUUCCAUAUUUAUGCUUUCUCACAGCACCUGACAUGUCUUCACUGAUCACUGAUGCUAAAAAAAUAAGCUUAUCAUAGUUCUAAUGUCUGAUUUCUUGUAGUCUGUUUCAUUCUUCCACAGAUUCCUUUUUCUUUUGCUGGGUCCAGCAGGCAAAGCGCCCCAAUACCAUGAGAUUGGUCGAUCAAUAGCAACACUUAUGACAGAUGACGUGAGUACUAGGCAUCCUGUAUCUGUUCAAAGUAUUCUCCUAAAAAUCUGAAUGGGAUUUUCAUUCAAGUAGAACUUGGCAUGGCUAAUGAUUAUAUGGUGAUUGAAGGAAAUAGCUAUGGAACAAGUAUGUUUACCAUAAGCAUGAAUUUAUGAAUGGUGCGGUGAAAUGUGUCAUGUUGUGUUUUUGAUAAAUUCCUAAAGCUGUGUGUGUGAAAUAAUUACCAAAUGAAAGCAACAACUUUUGUGAAAUCUGACAGCUAUAUACAUCUCACAGUAAUGCUCUUAGAUUUUUCACUGUUCCUUCCUCCUUGUGUGGUACAAUCCUAUGCAUGUUAGCUACAACAGGACAUAUUCCCAUGUAAGUGUGUAUAGGACUGCAGUCUUUAUGAACUUUCCUUUCCUUGCUACUCUGAAACUUUGAGAGAUGUUUACUAUGUUUAAAUAUCAAUAUUAUAGGCUUGAAAUGUCAUUGUCCAUGCAAACAGGUGUAUAUGUACAUAAACGCACACACAUAACUUGUGUCUUGAGCAUGCAUUUGAAUGAUGAUCAUAGGUAUAUUUGCAUGUAGAAUUGAGUAUAGAAACAAGUUAUUUAUUUGAGCCUUUUAAAAUAAUAACUGUGAUGCCUUUCCAGCCUCUUAGAGAAGAGUUUCACCAUGUCAGGAAAUCAAAUAUAAGUGUGUAUAUAUUUUAUAAAGGUUUUCCAUGAUGUUGCUUAUAAAGCUAAAGACCGAAAUGAUCUGCUCUCUGGAAUCGAUGAAUUUUUAGAUCAAGUAACAGUUCUGCCUCCAGGAGAGUGGGAUCCAUCUAUUCGAAUUGAGCCACCCAAAAGUGUUCCUUCUCAGGUAAGAACUUUUCUAGUGAAGGGCACCUUAAAAGAGUGUAGUGGUGUGACAGGACAUAGGUGGGAUAUGCAAACAGCUAAAAAAAAAUGUCAAAACUGCAUGAGAUACACACAGAAUGAAAAAGUGCUGGUUGAAACUGAAAAGCACUUCAUGGAACUGCUAAUCCUUUUGUGAGAGAGGUGGCUAAAUGUUGGCUCCUAACUUUGAAGGAAAACAUGCUAUGUUCAGUAUCUGAACGCUGCAAAGUGUGUUUGAUUACCCUGAGCUCAUGAUACAGGAUGGACUAAACAGUGAAUUGAAUGUGUCUAGUUGCUUUGAUGAAACGAAUUCUGCAAAUAGUAUAUAAUUUUUUAACUAAAUGGUUACUGUGUACAGAAUUUCUCCCUAGAUAAUACCAUGCUAAUCAGCUGUUCUGAUACAAAAAUAAUCAUUACUUAGAAUGAAGCAAAAAGUUUGGUUUUUUCCUCUUGUGAACUUAUCUCCUUGCAUAGUUAAUGAUAGCUAAGGUUUUUAAUAAUCAAAAGAUUUUUCUCUCAGAGCCAUGUUAAGUGUUGCAGAAUAAUUUCUCAGUGAAUAAUUAACGCUGCUUUUUGAAAAAUACUUUUUGAGUUUGGCAGGAAAAUAGCAUCACAUGCUCAGUGUGUAGGCCUUUCCUUAGGUGCGAGGGAGAGAGCUUGAAAUUGUGCUUGCUGUUGUGGUUUGACCUUAAUGCAAUCUUUUCAUGCAUUUCCUUGAUACAGGAAAAACGGAAGAUACCUAAAUUUCCAAAUGGAGCUGCUUCUCCUGGAGAGUCUCUUGAAGAAGGCCAUCAUGCUGGACCUGAACUACAGAGGACUGGAAGGUGUGUGGUGUUUGCUUAAAUUCUAGCAAUAUUAAAGAAGUAGAAAUCUAAAUCCCUACUGCUUUAGAAAUUUGCAGAAUAUAUAUUUCAUAAUGUUUAGUUUCCACCCUUGGCCUGUUUUAGGCACUUAAUACUAUGGCAGUAUUCUUCAGUACGCUUCGGGGAAGAAUAGAGAAUGUGUCGAUGCCUUACCCAAAUUUAUUUUCAAACUGAAACAGUGCUCAAAGUCUUAUGUUUGCCAUAGAUAUGGUUUAAAACCAAAAGUUGUAUAUAGUGGGCUAGAUAGUCAAAACAUUUUGUAAAGAAAAACCACAGUGAUUUCCUACACAUGGAAACAUUAGUGAUGUCCCCUAUCGUCCCUCUUGGCAGAAUUCACAGAAAGGAAAAACUUUCUGAGAUAGAAGAAGCCAUUUUCAAAGAAAAUUCUCUUUGCCAAUUUGAAAUUUCUCUUCACUAAAAAACAACUGUUGAAUAUGUAUCUGACUACAGAUUUACAAAUCAGUAAGCUUUAUCAAAUACAGUUAAUGGGUAUGAAAAAUGAAAGAUUUAAGGCGUUUAGAUGGCUUUUCACAAAAGUUGUUCAUCUUAAAUAAUUUGAAUAACUUUUUUGAGGAGCAUUAUUGAAAUGCACAAAAAUGAUAGUAUACUGUACUUUUAUUUUUUAAUUUAAUUACACUCUGUGAGUAUAAAAAUGUACAUAGACACAUUUCUUGUGUAAUAGUUAUUUUAAUGGAGAUUCAAAUGGCUUUCUUUCUAAGAAUAUUUUUCUGAGACCAAGGUUAAUUAUUCCCAAUAUAUUUUGAAUCCGGUAUACCAGUGCUAUCAAAUGUUUGACGCUUAUUUCCAUUUUCCUUAAAUAUUUUGAGAUUUCUCUUGAUAGUUUCUGCUGCUGUAUAAAACCCCUGCCUUUUAAUUAGUUGCCCAGAGCUGUAUAUAUUCCACAAUUCAGUGCAACCUGGGUAUAAGCACAGAACUUGGUACUGGCUGCAGAAUUUGUCACCCUGAGAACAUUCAGUUUUUCAUUAAAAAUAAGUUUUGGAUCUUUAACAUUUCAAAGAGAGGCUGAAAAGUGAAUGUGUCAUGCAUGGUAAAAUGUCACAAUUCAGAGAUGAGACUGAGAGUUAUUUCCAAGGGUUGGCAAGAGCCAACUGAUGGUUUUAAAGAUGUAUGGGGGGAAAACUGAAAUGCAGAAUUUCGAGUUCUUUAGUGCAGUGUAUGCACACUUCUGAUAUUAUUGACUUCUGUAUAUUUUUGCAUUUCUUAAUAUUAUUGUAAGCUGCCUUGAUCAUUUUCAUAGCACUGCUAGGACAAUUUGUAAAACCUCUAAGGAAUAAAUGCCAAACACUCUGAACUGAGACUAACACAAAUCUGAAAUAUUUUGUUCUGUUGUAUCUACUCCCAUCUGUUAACGAGAGCAUUAAUGACCACUUUUGUGGGAAGUACAGACCAUGCACAUGGAGUUUUAAAAUAUCCACAAAGCUGUGGGUUGCAUCAAAUUAUGUUUUGCUAAAAAAAAUUAAGAGGGGUGGCUGGUCCAUAAGAGCAAAUGCAGGGAAACAGAAGUGCUACAGAUUUUCAGCAGAAGUUAGAUGUAAAAUAUCUUGAUCAAUGUUAUAUUCAGGUAGGGGUACUGAAUAUUUUCCAAGCUUUUUUCAAUGUCUAGCCCAUUAUACACAAAUUAUCUGCCAGCAUUAAAAACAGAAUAUCAACUAAGUUUACUUUAGGUACUGAAAAUGAGUAGAUUAAAAUGGUACAUUUGCAGUUUGUAAUUGUCAGUAGGUUUGGAGUAUAUGAAAUAAGGCUACUUUGUGCUAAAAAAAAAUCUGCACUGUCAGUCUUGUGUAUCCCAUAGUUUUAAGCGUUCUGGAGUCCUUUAGUGUACAGUUUGACGAGUUUCAUCUCACCUAUUUAGGCUUUUUGGUGGUUUGAUACUUGACAUCAAAAGGAAAGCACCUUUUUUCUUGAGUGACUUCAAGGAUGCAUUAAGUCUGCAGUGCCUGGCCUCGAUUCUUUUCCUAUACUGUGCCUGUAUGUCUCCUGUAAUCACUUUUGGAGGGCUCCUUGGAGAAGCUACAGAAGGCAGAAUAGUGAGUACAAAGAAUGGUAGUAGCCAGGCGUUUAGAUUUUCAGAGGCAAGUGACUGUGUUCAUUUGUCUCCUUUAUUCCUACCUUUAUUUGAAGACCUUUAGCCACAGCAUUUGAUUAGCCUUGCCCCCUAUUAAAUGUUCCUCAAAUAUUAACUGGAAAACAUGGAUAAAAAUGUGUGUAUGAACAGGAGAAGACGCACAGUUAAGGUAAAAAUUACUCUGUCUUGAUGAAUCGUUUCAUGGAUUGGAAAACAGCUUGCAUUGUCUUUAUUUUAAAGAGGCCUUAAACUGGCUGUGGAAAGGCUAUUGGAUCACCUGCCUUUGGACCCACCUUGAUUUUCUGCUCAAGGCUGAUGUUUCGGAUAGCUUGGUUGUUUUAUUGGGUAGUGGACCUAUAAAAAGAAUGCCUUUUUGAAAAAGGUUUUGGAAAGAGAAAUGUAGAACUAAGUACUCUGAGCUAUCCUAAAUGUCGCACAUGUGUGUGAUAAAAUCUAGAUGGGCACUUUUGUUAGAGAAAACUGUUUCAGGGAGGAAUUGUUUGGAGCAGAAAAGUGGUGAAAAGGUGCUUAACCUUGUCUCUGUCCACCACUCUUCGCUGCAACUAUGCCCAACCAACUUCGCCACUUUCUCCCCCCUGGGUCCCAGAUGCAUUUCCCUGCCUGGUGGGGGCAGGUGGGGCACUAUGGGGUUGCAGUGGAAAAGUAAUGUAAAGGGAAAGGGUGAAACACCUUUCAUCAGCUCUUCUCUACUCCAAUUGUCGUUCCUGAAGCUGCUUUCCUCUAUAAGAAUUUGUUGAUGUUUAAAUACAUAUAUAUGUGUGUAAAAUGUUUGGUCUUCUUGAAAAUAACUGCCCCACUUUAUUUGCAGUUUUACAAAUUAACUAAAUUCUUAAUUGUUUUUGACAUUGAAUUUUUUGUGACCUUAACCAUCAUGCUUUUACUGAUGAUGAUUUAGAAUGUAUAGGCCAUUAUAACAGCUGAUCUAAUGGGGGUUAAAAUUAAUGGAACACUUAAAAACUGUUUUCACGUAAAUAUUUCAUUGUAAAUCUGCCUUCACAGUAUAAAUGUCUGUAAUUUUGAAAUUUGUUUUUAUAUGUAUUGAAAAUGUCAGCAUUGCUUUCCAUAACAGGUAUUCACAUUUUCAUACAGUACUAAUGCUUCCCCUUUGUUAGACUUGACUUUUUUUUUUACAUAACUUGAACAUUUAUAUAUAUUUCUUCUACAUUACUGUGGCCCUUUCAAAAACAAAACAAAAAGCUCCCUGUUGUAGUUGCUUGUGGACAAUCCACUUUUAGUAACAUGGAAUAAUGAGGUGUAGUAACUGUUAGAAAAGGCUUAUAGCAUUGGCGCUGAAAUACUUGUUAAGCAUGUUCUCAAGCAGCUGGUUUAAAAAUAUGUACCUCCUGCAUGUAAAUUGAAAAAUGCCUUCUUUCUUUUAGCUGUCUGGGAUUGUUUGCUGCCUUCAGUUGCUUGGUGUGCAUCAGUGAAUAUAUUAAAUUAGCUACUGCACACAUGUGUUCAAGCACAGUAACUGACUUGUAAGGUACACACUUGUGUUCACACCACUACCCCACAUCUCCAGAGGCUGUCACUUCCACAGUGCUCCCGCUGUUGCCAUCCUGCCUAGAGAAACCAAGGUUAAUGCAUUGAUCAACCCAAGACUAGGUUAUGGUUAACAUCUGAAGGAUUAGAUUGAUCUUGUGCUACAUUAAGUGGUAAACAAUGAACUUUGCUGGUUGUGGGCUUGCUUUUUAAUUUUCUUCUAUAACUCAUUCAUAACAACAAAAAAAUGCAUGUUCUUGGUUACCUUACAUUUAUUCAAGAUACCAUUCCAUAUAUCAUUUUCAGAUGGUUCAGUUUUGAGCUAUUUUGGCGUAUCUCUCCUGCUGAGUUUUAGGUUCCCUUAACAUUAAUAGCUUUUAGUGCACUCUGAAGCCCCCUUCAGAUGUUGAAAGUGAGCAUGUUUAGGAGAGAUUGGGGUCACACACGUUAGCUAACAGUGGCUGAUGCAGCAGCGCUGUGGGCUCCUGCUGCUCUCCCAUGUUCCCAACACCAUGGGACACUAUUGCUUACCGGGAGGGUUCGGGGGAACUCUGUGAUGCAGCAGGUGGCAGUGGAGAUAAUCUGAUACUCCACCACUCAUUGCACCAUGCUGAGCUCUCUGCACCUUGCCCCUCCCCAUCUUGGCAAGUGGCAGUGACUCAUAGAGUUGGGAACCUGGGAGAGCAAGAGGGUCCACUCCUGCUGCUGCCAGCCAAUGUGUGUGGUCCGCAGGGGCACAAAGUGCUCUAAACAAACAAAUAAACAAACAACAACAAUUGUUGUUAUUAUUUUAUUAUUUUACCCUGCCCAUCUGACUAGAUUGCCAUCAACGCUAAGGAAACCCUCCCCAUUGGCUGCUACUGCCAUUAGCCACAAAAGGCCUAGGGCUAGUGUAUUGUGUUUGCCCCAUAAUUACCUUAAAUAGUUUUGAAUACCUUGCAAUUAAUUACGUAAAGGAAAAAUAGUGUUGCCUCCCCCAUGCAUUUUUAGAUUAGUUUGUCUUAAAGUACCAAAAUUAAUCUUGUCGUUUCCUGUAAAUGGGUAACAUCCCAGAGGGUGCCGUAUUGGAAAACUUGUUAAGAAAAUAGCCAGACAAUUACAGUAUGUUGUAAUUGAGAAAAUGCAUUACCAGGUGGGAUGAUGACUUACUUCUCCAUUUAUUUUUUGUGCCCAUGUUUCCCCCCCAUUUAUGUUUAAUCAUCAUUGCUGAGUUGCAUUCAUUCAUUGUUGUGUCAUGAGAGUUCAAAUAUAGUAGAGCACAUCGUAUUCAAUUUGGGUACAGGUUCGUUGCAACAUUCUUUAUACAGGAGAAGACCCUUUAUUUAUCCUUUUUCUCCCGAAUUUGUGUGCUAUAUUUGUUGACAUGUGCCUUUCUUCCUUAGCAUGCCAAAUGAGUAACUUAUUCCCCUUGUUUUUGGAUAGUUUUACUACUUUUAAGCACCUCGAAUUCUGGCCAUGAUACUGCUAAGUGACAUUUCUAGUUUAAAACUGUAUUACAGCCGAUAAUGGUUAUAAUUCUUUCAUCGUUCUUGCUGCUGUUUAUAAAUCAAUGUGCAUACAGCUGAAUUGUUGAAUCUUAUGUUCUGGGAAUCACAUGUUUCUUUCCUCCCCUCAGAGUGCAAUAGAAUCUUUAUUUGGAGCAUCAUUAACUGGGAUUGCCUAUUCACUAUUUGCUGGGCAACCUCUGACAAUAUUGGGGAGCACUGGACCUGUCCUAGUAUUUGAGAAAAUAUUAUUUAAAUUCUGCAAGUAAGUGAACUUUCAUUCACAAGAUAUAGUUGCAUACCAUUGCAUUUUUUCUUGAAAGAUUAUUUUUUUAUGUUUGAAGCUUGAAAGUGAAAGUAGGUACAAGGACACCUAGCAAUGUUUACUUCUGAAAUUAGAUAUCUGAAUGGUAGCCAGAAACCAUUAUGCUAUGUUCAGUGUUGCCGCAUCAGAGGAAUCUGAAGAUGACACUAAAGGCAGAUAGAAUAACCUUUCUGCAAUCAGAUGCUAAAGCCUUCUCACUAAUUACAAUUUUGAUUCUAGAGACAUGAAGUUCUAAAUGAACGACAUUUUUAUCACCAAAACCUCAAGGUACAAGAAUACACUUUAAAAGAGCACACAAAAUUAUAAUAAAAACAUGAUAGUACAAAUACAGCAAAUAAUACUGAAAUAGUUAAAACAAGAGUCUUGCGCCACCUUAAAGACUAACACAUUCAUUAUGGCAUAAGCAUUAACAGAUGGAGACAGAUCCAAACCCAGGAUAUUGUCAAACUUCUGUCUCCUGUUGCAUUAUAUUUAGUUUUACUGAAUCCAUAUUUCUUCUUUCAACAGGGACUAUGGACUUUCUUAUCUCUCUCUACGAACCAGCAUUGGUCUGUGGACAGCAUUUUUAUGCAUAUUGUUAGUGGCAACUGAUGCAAGCAGCCUUGUGUGUUACAUCACUCGAUUUACCGAGGAGGCUUUUGCUGCUCUUAUUUGCAUAAUAUUCAUAUAUGAAGCACUGGAAAAGCUUUUUCAAUUGGGAGAAAUGUAUGAAUUCAACAGGAACAAUGACCUGAAUAAAUUGACAUUGUAUUCGUAAGUUUGGCUUUCUUAAUAAAAUACACUGUGCUGUACUAGAUUAAACUGGUAGUUCAUCUGCCUAUUUGACAUGAGUUAUUUCCUGGUGUUCUAUUGUAUACAGCAGAACAUGGAAACAAUGUUGUUUUCCAUGCCUAUAUUGUCCCUCACUUUCCAUCGGUUCUGAGGAUCAAAAAGCAUUUGAUUUCUUAGGAUAAGAAAUAAAAUUUCUUGCCAUUCUUUAACAUCCAGACCGUUUCCCUUUUCAUUCUCUUUGGCUGCCUUCUAAUAUUUUAAUCAUUGAAAAGAAAAUGAUAUUUUCUGGAUCAAUCUUAGGCUACCUUGUUAAACCAAUUUGCUAUUCUGUAUUUCAUACUUUUCAAGCAUUCACAUUAUUUCAUGAUAAAUUUUCAUUUAAUUGUCAUUUUUUUCCUGGUUUAAUAAUGGUAGGCUAGAUAUUGUAAAUGUUUAUAGCAGCAAGAUGAAACACACUGAUUGAAAUACUGAAAUUUUAAACUUGUCAGAUGUGUGUGUGCAGAGCCUCCAGACCCCACCAAUGAAACAGUAGCGCAGUGGAUGACAGCCAACAAAUCUGUGGAUACUAUACCAUGGUCUAACCUCACAGUUAAAGUGAGUAUCUUGAGAGAUGCUGUAGAACUAGUCUAAAUAGUCUGAAAUAACUUGGCACAUAUGAGUCUUAAUCCUUCACUCUCUAUAUUGUUGUACUGACUUGAGAUCAGGGCUACCAAUUUAGAUUCUGAACUGUCUGGCUUUUGAACAAUUAAUCAGUUAAACUCUUUCCCCACUUAAGCAGAUGUCCAACAAAUAAUUAAUCAUUGAUGGAACAGUAGGCAGGACAUAAGAUGAUAAUUGGUGUAUUGGUUCCAAGGGAAUGAUUCCCUCUGCUGCUUCUCAGUUUGUUUUCCUGUUUGGGGGCAAGGAUAGUUUUGUAUAUUUCAGAAAUAUAGUAUCUUCCAGCUUCAGAAAUUGCCAGUGAAAAGUCUGGAGUGGUAGGUUUCCAUGUGUCUGAGACCUGCUUUUGAUCUUGCCAUGCAUAGAAGUUCCAGGCAGAGAAGGAAAAUAUUAUUGAAAUAAGUAAUGGAAAUAAAUUUGGGGUCUCUCAUCAUGUAUCAUGAUUUUUCACUACUUAAAACUAUUUUUUAAAACUCUUAAAGAAUCCAUUGGCUCCCCUUGUAUGUGUUUUUAUAAGUAUGAAGGAGGUUAUAGAGGGCAAGAUGGGAAAAGGAACAUUAUAUCAUUAGAUGUUUAGUGAAAAGCAAGUUGCUUCAUCUGUUAUACAAUCUUUGAGCUGAAAAUUAAUCAUGGAUGAUAUUUUGUUGACUCCAGUUAGCUAGCUUGCUCUUUGCAGCAGUCUCAACCUAGUUUCUUACAUAAUGCAAAAAUAUGUAGAGUAUAGAAAAUGAAAAUGUUCCUGACAGUUCCCCAUUUUUGAAACAUAAAGGUGCUUUAAGCUGAGUUUUUUUUUUUGUUCAAAUACAGUACAGUUUACUGCUUUGUAGACCUGAUGAAGCCAUAACACUUGACAUUUGGGUUGUACGUUGGAUUCAGCUGAGCCUCGAGCCAAACUGGAGACAUAUUUGGAGGACCAUGGGUCUUGGAUGAGUUGGAUACAAACAGUCACAGAUUGCUUUGAGUCAGCUUGGAUGGCCCAGGCUGUCAGAGGGCAGGGCAUCAGGCAGCAAGGAGAGGCAGGCAGGGUGGAAAAACAGCAAGAAAAGGCCAAGAUGUACGGUACCUAAUAACAGGUAGCUGCAUCUUCCUGGAAGAAGGUAGGCUCAACACUAUGGCUCCUGUAGGAAAGCCACUUGCAAAGUGGCACAGCACAGGAUCAGAUCCUCUUGCUUACCAGUUGCCAGGGCUGGCACUGCCAUUAGGCCAGGUGAUGCCUAAUUGUCUGUAUUUCCUCAGAGUUUGGAUCUGUUGAUUCCUCUAUACAUUUAAAGAGGGCAGGUGCAAGUUUAAUUGCAGAUGCGAACAGUUCAUCUAAUUUGCAUUUCUGCAUGGCUUGAUUUACAGCAAUGUACAGAUCUUCACGGCGUGUUUGUUGGAUCAGCCUGCGGCCACCAUGGUCCGUAUUUCCCAGAUGUUCUUUUUUGGUCCAUCAUACUGUUCUUUACAACGUUUUUCCUUUCCUCUUUCCUCAAGCAGUUCAAGACCAAACGCUAUUUCCCCACUAAGGUAAUUGUGGUAGCAUUUAUUCAUUUUGAGGGUUUUCUGGUGCAUGCAAGUCCAAAGAUGACAUUCUGGGUUUAAUCAACUAUACAACUUAAUGGCUCAUUUGUGCAUGUUAGAUGAGAAACUAACCCAUUUGAGCAAGUAUCCCCCAAUGUGUAUAGAACUGAAAAGUUCAGGAUCACCCAUGUAAAUGUGUUAUAUGGGACAAGCUUGUGGCAGCAACUAUUGUAAGGACUGAUGAGGAUGCAGUGUUCUUUAAUUAAUUGUUCCAAAGUUUUGCUUUGGAGAGGAGUUGAAUUAACCAUACUUAUCAUUGGUCAAAGCUAUUUCAACCCAUAGUUAAUUGUUCUAGUUGAGUAAAAAACCCUACAGUUUCAACACUAUCACCAGCUCUUAGAUUCUUAAUAGCCAAGCUUUGCAUUUGUAAUAUGCAAUACAAAACGGCAGUACCAUUUAAAUUGGUAAUUAUUAAAAGAUUGAUCAGUGAUACAAACAUAAGAGGCAAAGCAAUUUUUUGGCUUUGUGGCACAGUCACACACCCAAUGCAGUUAAAUUAGAUACGAAUAGGAUUUUUUUGAUUAAUUGUGUUUUGGGUGAGCACUCAAAUGCUAAAAUAAUCCUGAUCAGAGAAAACCACAAUCGUGGUGCUAUUUUAAGCACAUUAUCUUAGAAUAAAUAGCAGCAAAGGCAUCCAAAAAAUGUAAAAGUCCCAUCCUACUUAGUGUUAACUGUUCCUAAAUAUAGGCAUGCAUUAACAAUAAAGUGGUUCAGUGUUUUAUCUUCUGUGCUGAUACAAGGAAGAUUUCACGUUAUUCCUUUUGCUGCACAUGUAUGUCCUUUUGAAAUUGGAGAGGCUGAGUAUGCUUUAUUAUAUAUUGCUCAUUUCUGUAGAGAUCAGAUUGAAAUUGUUAGAUGAAAGGAGAUUUUAAAUGAUCUAACUGGAUAUUUUGUUUCUGUAGAUAAUAGAUAUCUGAGGGGUUGUUGUUUUUUGCAACAACACAGAAUUAAUUGCAAGGAGACUAAGAUUAGGAAAAUGUUGAUUUAAGGUUUUAAAUUUUGGUCCUGGAACAUCAUAAAUCUGAUUGUUCAUCCAGAAGAAAUCUCUUCUUGAAGAUAAUGAGAUUCCCAUUUAACUUACUUUCAACUUUUAGAGUAAGUUUAUAUGCUGCUAGGUUUCAGUAAGUAUACAUCUCAAUAAUUUGUAUUAAACUACUUCCGAAUGGUUAAUUAUUUGACAAUCCCUGUCACUGUGGCAAAUAGCAUUAAUUUGCAUUUUUUUAAAAAAAAAAACAGCAACCAGUAUAUUCUUUCUUUUUAGGUGCGGUCUACAAUAAGUGAUUUUGCUGUAUUUUUGACAAUAGUGAUCAUGGUUCUCAUUGAUUAUCUUGUUGGAGUUCCUUCUCCUAAACUUCAUGUGCCUGAAAAAUUUGAAGUAAGUAUAAUAAUAAUAAUAAUAAUAAUAAUAAUAAUGCUGAAUCUGAAAUGGAAUUCUUUAAAUACUGCUGCCAAAAUGGCUAACUUUUCACUAGGAAUCAACUCUAUUUAUGGUAGUUUUUUAAUGAGAGCUCAACCCAUUAUACUAGCACUGUUUAGAAGCUAGAUUGAAUGAAGCAUAUAUUGUGACAGAACUGGAAUUGACAGAUUUGAUUUAGGUUUUAGGCUCAUGCACUUGAAAUUUGUAUUUUCUUCCAUUGUGCUUAGAUAUGCACAAUGAUUAGUGCUAUAGUAAUCAGUUUUGUGUUUUUGUAUUUUUAUCUUUAGUUCUCAUUUUGUUAAUUUGGGGAACAGGUCUCAUUGAAUGCAGUAAGGCUCUCAUCUUGAGUAAAUGCUCAUUAGCUCACACACUUUUUUGGUAUUCUACAUCCCAGUAGUGUGACUUCAUGCAAAACGGUCCUACUCCCGCUUUGUUGCAGCACAGUCCUGUGAGUUUUUGUGUUAGAGUAAACAUGCACAGGAUUGAACUGUUACUAAACUUUGAUAGUUUAUUAUCCUGAAUACAAGGACAUUAGGUGGCUUCUGAAGUAGAAAGGUCCUGUCAAUGCAGGAUCAUGCCGCAAAUAUAAUUAAAACUCAAAUGUUACACAGUACUACUUGUUUUAAAAAUUAUUCUAUCUAAUCUUUUAAUUUUUUGGGAAAUGUUAGCAAAUAGUAUGCAUACCAACUUUGGAAUUAACACACUUGUCUAAUAAAUAAGGAAGAAGUACUUAGUCCUUUUGUUACCUCUGUUUUCCCCCCCAAGCCCACACGAAAUGAUCGAGGAUGGCUCAUAGAUCCGCUGGGACCUAAUCCUUGGUGGACACUUGUAAUAGCUGCAGUUCCUGCUUUACUCUGCACCAUUCUUAUUUUUAUGGACCAGCAAAUUACAGCAGUUAUCAUAAACAGGAAAGAACAUAAACUCAAGGUGAAAUUUUGAUUAUGUUUCCUCAUUGUAAAUACAAAAGUUAACCUAGUUUCUGAAAUAGUAACUUCCUCUGUAUACUUUGCAAAGGUUUAUAAAAUGCUGAAGAUGGAGGCAAAAAUCUUGUAUUCAGAUAGUGGGAUAAAGCUAUUUUUUAAUCAGACCAAAUUUUUUAUAUAUAAAUUGCACCAUUUAUCCUGGGUGAAAUUCUUUUAAAGCCUUAAAUGUGUGUCAAAACCUGUGCUAGUAGGUAGAAGAAACACUGAUGUGAUAGGAAUAUAAUGUUAAGAUGAAUCAUGACUUACUGGUAUUGCAAGCACAGCUUGGAUCACAAUUAUAUUUUGAGCAGAACCUACUUAGGUGUUUUCACUUUUGCUCCAUGAUAAGAACCACAAAUUUAACAUCAUUGGCUCCUCCCACAAUCAAAAAUUAGAUUUGAUUCUGUUGAGUGCUUUGUUAUCAGGGUUCUUACUACAAUGUGAGAAACCUAAACUCAGAAUACAGCUCAACUAUGGAUUUACUCAUUUUCCCGCUCCCCCUGUGGUCACAAUAUAUUUUUUAUUAAUUAUUCCGAAGAUCUUCAGUCACAGCAGUGUGUCCUGAUUUUCAUACCUUUUGGGUUAUUUUUAUACUAUAUUGACUUGAAAAAACAUAUGUUUUGUUACUAUGCAUUUUUCUUCUAUAGACCACUGGAUUCAGUGUAUUUAGGUUUUAUAUUCUAAACAUUUUCCAUUAUGAAUAUGUAGCAAUCGGAAUACUCCAGAUGUCUGUGUCAAAAUUUUUAAAAAGUAUUGUUGCCAGAAUAUGUGCAUAUCUGCUAUGAAACAUGUUUCUGUUUGACUCCACAGAAAGGUGGUGGAUAUCAUCUCGAUCUGCUCAUGGUUGGCAUGAUGUUAGGUAUAUGCUCAAUUAUGGGCUUGCCUUGGUUUGUGGCUGCAACUGUUCUUUCUAUAAGUCAUGUCAACAGUUUAAAAGUAGAAUCCGAGUGUUCUGCUCCUGGGGAGCAGCCAAAGUUCCUGGGAAUUCGUGAGCAGAGAGUGACAGGAUUAAUGAUCUUUGUGUUGAUGGGGCUGUCUGUAUUUAUGACAUCUGUAUUAAAGGUAAGUAAAAAAAGUUUAUUCCGUAACAUUAUGUAGGCUGAACAUGCUAGUAAAACAGUAUUAAAAGUCCCAGUGGUAUGGCUUCAAUGAUAUGAACAUGCCUCUCGCCAUAUCCAACCAAUCUCAAUAGAAAAUCAUGUGUUAAACAUGAAAAGUGUACCUAUAGUAUGUUUUUGUAUCUUUGAGAAUAGAAACCAUAGAAUGUCUCAACAACUGCAAUUUUGUAUUUCUUUGGGUUUCUUCAGAUUGUUAGUUGGGAGUGAUUUUAAUGGUUUUAAUGGUUUUAAUGGCUCGUCCACUUGUUCUGACACUUUGUCCUGAGAAAACUGCUGUUUGCGCUGAAUCAGAACAGGCAUCGAUUUGUUUUUCUGUGGGUUGACAUUUGUUCUGAUACAGUGGUAAGCAGUGGGUUUUCCCAGAGAAACUGGCAGGACAAACGAAAAACCACUUGGACCUGUGCCUAGAAAGCCUAGAAAGCGGAAGAUCACUUGGACCCAUGCUUUCCUGGCACAGGGCAAGCCAACGUGUGGACGAGCCCUAAGUUUUCUGUUAAACACACAUUCAUAGUUAAUUGUCGUUGAAUCAUGCGUUUUCCCUAAUUGGAUGCAGUGCUCGAGCCUGUGACUUUGAUAAAUAAUAACUGUUAGCAUAAAGAUGGUAGAAAAUGCAUUCACUGAUCUGUUAAUGAACUUGCUGAUCUUUUCCCCACAGUUUAUUCCAAUGCCCGUUUUAUAUGGUGUUUUUCUUUACAUGGGAGCAUCCUCACUAAAAGGCAUCCAGGCAAGUUCUAUUUUAAUCAGUAUCUGAGGGAAAAGGGUGAAAAAUAGAUACUAUAGUUUGGCAUUUCUCCCCAGCCCCCCAAAGGUCACCCCUAAGGGUUGUGGGGGAUGCUCAUAGCAUGGUAUUGGAACAAGGAGUUUUGCAGUAGGAGGCAAAAACUGGUGGAAACUGAGUGCGAUGGCAACUCUGCGGGCAGACUGAGGAUUGCAAGGAAAGAAGACACUAUUUUACUUAUGCUUAUUUGCCUGUUCCCACAAAGCAUCAGAAGGUGGCUUUAGCAGGGUGCGAAAGGCAUUGGCUUAAUGCAGCUUAAAGCUGAGGAGGAAGCGUUCCUUGCAUCUCUUUCUUUGACCUGGAGUCAUGUUUGUACUCCACUCUUGAACCAGUCUCUUGAGUACUGCUCACAACCACUUAGAUUUUAACAAUAUUAGUGACAAUUAAUUAAUUAGUUUAGAACAGGGGUGCCUUCUAGAUGCUGUUCAGCUUCCAUCAUCCCACCAGCCUGCAUGACCAGUAGUCAGGGAUAAUGUGAUACGUAGUCCAGUAAUGUAUGGAAAGCCACAGGUUAGGCACUCCUUGUUUAGAAAUUCUCAUAGGAUGGGUUCUGGCUGAAUCAUACUCAGAACAGAUCCACUGACUAAAUUUAGUCCAUUGAUUUUAAUUGGUCUACUCAGAGUGUGACUUGAAUGCUACUCAGUUUGUUUUUGCAGCUUGGGUAACUCUGUUAUCAGUCUAAUCAAGUAAUGCUUUAAGUAUUUGACCAAUAGUUGGACAGUCAAAUUCGAAACCCUGCCUAAUUUUGCAAUCCCUUCAAUUUUUAUUUCUGAUUGUUUUUCUUUCCUAAUUUCCCCUUUAGGAUGAAACAAAGUUCAAUAACUUUUUUCUCCUUUUCAAUUUAGUUUUUUGAUCGUAUCAAAUUGUUUGGAAUGCCUGCCAAACAUCAGCCUGAUUUGAUCUAUCUGCGUUACGUGCCACUCUGGAAGGUUCAUGUAUUUACGGUAGUUCAACUCACCUGUCUCGUUCUUUUGUGGGCAAUUAAAGCAUCUGCUGCUGCUGUUGUUUUUCCUAUGAUGGUAAGUAAAUAAUUAUAGUGUAUUUGAGAAUAUACAUUUGUGUCAACUCAAUAUAUGAGACAAAGAAUUUGCACCACACAAUUUUGUCUCAUAUGACUCAAUCUAUAUUAGUUUUGUCCUUUCUAUUAGUGUUCUGAUCUUUGUGUGAUAGCUGUUGUUUUUAAAUUGUUGUUUUCAAGGUUUUAGCUCUAGUUUUCAUUCGCAAACUUUUGGAUUUGUGUUUCACCAAACGGGAGCUCAGUUGGCUUGAUGACCUUAUGCCAGAAAGUAAGAAGAAGAAGGAAGAUGACAAAAAGAAAAAAGCAAAGGAAGUAAGUUUGAUUGUAAUUUAUAACAAAAAAAAGAACAACUGAAAUCAGUGGGGGGUUUUGGGGGCGGGGGCAAGAGUAAAACAUAGUUCCUAUAGUUUUUAAUGGAUCUGUCACCUGUAUGGUUUUAGAAUUUGUAUAAAUAUAUGAAAAAUGAGUUGCAAUUAUACUCCUUUGGGUGUUGUUCUUGGGAGAAUGGUGGAUUAGAGAUCAUAUUUUAGGGUUUGAUGGAUGGAUCCCUCAGACUCCCAAGGAUCACAGCAGAUACCCAAUUUUGUUGGUACGAGUGGGUUGACAGCAGCUGCUGGCACUGCACUCGAAGGCCCCAUACCCUGAUAUUCUAAAUGGCUUAUCAGAUGGCGUGGGCAGUAGUUUCCAGAAAGAAAGGGACUCAAGCUUCAUUACCUGUGUGAAACUCUUUAAAUAUCCCAUAUUCUGUGUCCCAAAUAUGACUUAUCUUGGAGGGGUCAGUAGGUGACUGGGCAGGAUGCUAUGUUGUACAAUUAUAAUGUAGCACUAUCCAAAAUACAGUUAUGGCCACCGCUCUGUAUUUAAAGUACAUUGAAAAUCAUACAAGGCCUUGUUUGCAUGCCUCAUUCUUGUAGAGUAAAAUAAUUAAAUAUGUAUUGGAUAAUGUGUAACUUUCAGGAAGCUGAACGAAUGUUUCAGGCAGUGGACAGUGAAACUAUACACCUUCCAUAUGACAGAGGCGAUGUGUUAGAGAUUCCCGUGAAAGCUCUAAAAUACAGGUGUGAUAUAUACUUACUAUUUUUAUUGCUUUUUACAUAGCUUUAUGUGGAAAUUAAUGUAUUUGAACUAUUGUGAAUCAGUACUGACCUAUAAAUCUGGGAUUCAACUGUCUGGGAAAGAGGAACAAAAAAACAGACCUCCUUAUGUCUACAAUAUGGUUUUAUAUAUCUAUUUUAAAUUACAUUUUAUUCAUGUGACCCUUUUGAACAGAUCAGAUGACUCACUUUCAACCAGCUGUUCUCAGGGUGAAGAAGCUGUUUUGGUCAGUUCUGUCUAGUGUGCUCCUGUGCAUGGCUAAUGAUGUGAGAAGCAUUGAAGAUACUAAAUAUAAUUUGAGCCAUAAAUUUACCAGCUGCUUAAAGCCUGGACAGUCUUUUUUUAAAAAAACGAAAACAAAAAAGCUCUAUAUAGUAAUUUCCUUUUAACGCAAAGCAAACAAACAAAAAACCAAACCUUGUGUACAUUAAAAAAAGUUGUCUGGGGACACUUGAUAAUAUAGUGGUACCUCCGGUUAUGAACUUAAAUCGUUCCGCAGGUCCGUUCUUAAGCCAAAACCGCUCAUAACAUGAGUUGUGCUUUCACUAAUGGCGCCUCCUGGUGCCGUGCUCCCGGCAUGCAACUUCCGCUUGCAUCUCAGGGCAAAGUUCGCAACCGGAAGCAUCUACUUCUGUAACCCAAAGUGUUUGCAAGGAGGACUGUAUGUAACACGAGGUUCCACUGUAAACGGACUUGAAGGACAUAGCACUUAACCCUUAAUUUAUCUACUACUAAAAUCAAUCCCAAUUGAGUAUCUUUUUCCCCCCAAGUUAAAACAAAGAGAUGUUGUUUAUUAAUGUUGUUUGCUACUCACUUUUCUUACAAGGUAACUCAAACUGACUCAUAUUAAAACCAAUUGGAAACAACAAUAAAAACCUAAAAACACAACAAUUUGAAUAAGACUAAAAACACAAAGAAGGCAGGACUUUAAGUCUCAGCCCUCUAAAGAAGCUAAUAUAUACCAUUCAAAUUAAAGGGCCAGAAGCCCAGGAAAAAAUGAAACGUCUUUGCCUUUUCCAGCCAGCUCAUUUCCAGAACAUUUCCCAUCCUUCCUUGUAAUCUGUUUGAAAGGAACGUGUAUACUUUUAAAAUAAUUUGUCUUGGCAAAAUAUUUGGCUCCAGUUGGAAUACCAGAGCUCCUAAGGCUACAGUCAUCAACCACUUUACCCAGGAACAUACCUUCUUCCAUAUAGAGCUAGUUAGGAUUAAGUGACUUAAGAAUAGCAUCCCAACAAGCUUUUCAAUAUCAGCAAGCAUCCCUAGCCAUAUUCUUAAGUUUGCUUUAUAAAAAGAUACUUUUACUUAUUUUCUUAUGGUGGCCCCUAGUUUGUAUGGAUUUGGCCAAUAUACAUUUUUCUUUGGAACACAUGAAAAUAACCAAAAUACUUAUUUGUAAGAAUUUUGGGUGAGCAAGAAAAUAGGUGAUAGAGAAAAUAAGUACCUGAAAUUCUUACGAAGAAGUAUUUUAGUUAUUCUCAUGUGUUCCAAAGAAAAAUGUUGCUAGUACAGAAGUAGUUCAGAUCUGCUCUCAAAAUGGACUCAGUUAGAAUUGGAUUCUUUCAUACAAAUAUUUCUAUUGCCAUAUGAUGAUUAAAAUCACUCAGUAAGCCAAUCCAGUUUUUCCUGUAAUGGAAUACCUUUUUUAGCCCAGGAAUUCUUACACCACAUGUAUUGAUACAGAAUGUAGUAUUUAACAUAACACGUCACUAGUGGCUGGGUAAAUACAUAACAUAAGGCUCAAAUGAUGUAAAGAGCAUGAGACAUAAUUAAUGCUUUUGCAAGGCACUGAAUACUAAUCAAGUUGUGUUUGUUGUCUAGCGUUGAUCCUUCUGUUGUAAACAUAUCAGAUGAAAUGGCCAAAACUGCACAGUGGAAGGCUCUUUCCAUGAACACAGAGAAUGCCAAAGUAACAAGAUCUAACUUGAGGUAGCUUAAAACUACUCACCUUUCUGAUUAUGCUUUGAUUUUGUUGAGCUGUGGAAGUAAUUUUGACUGGUAUUUAUAUUUAUACCCCGAAUGCCCAAAUAAGAGUUUAUAUCACAUCUGAACUGUGAAACGAUGGAAAAGUUUAUGAGACCUAGGAAAGAAAAAGACUAGUUUUUAAACUUGGAAGUCUGGAAUCCCAAGAACAGUGAAACUAGUGUCAUGAGUUGGAGAUGCCCAUAGAAUUUUCUUAAAUAAGAGCCUACCAUUCUGAAUCUUUUUUAAAAGCCCAGUUUGCUUACAUGUUAUGAGGGUCAUUGUCAAAGAAAAAUAUAUAUAAUGGAUUAGCAUAAGGCUCUUGAUUAAACUGGAGUUGUUUUUUUGGAUAAUGGACAGAAGAUGAUAUCCAGUACUUCCCCUCUAUUGGUAGAAGGCAUCUAUCAGCAAAAUGAGUGAGAGAGGCAGUUUUUGACAAUUAUUCUCCUUCCACCCACAGCCCCCAAUCAAAAGUUGAUCCAGGAAGUCCUACUGGAAGGGAAGUGUUGGAUAUCACCCAAAGCACAUUUUCUGUGUAUUACAGUGAUUUAGAUAUGGGGUGGCUCUUUUAAAAAUCUUUAAUCUGUAGCAUAAUGGACCAAAGAAUGCCAUGCAUAGCUGUUUCAUAUCGUUUCUACUCAUUGUGGAACUUUAAUUUGGAAUAAAGAGUAGAAAAGACACAAAGCAUGAUACUCUCCCCCCCAUUCGGCUGCAUAUGCACACACACAGGUAUAUAUACACAAACGCAAAUUUCACAAAAGCUUGCUUGCUACUAGGAAUUUCAAAUAUUCUUAGUCCUGUAGCUGCACACUUGAGAUCAUGAAUGUGGAGGCUGGUUGCAAGACCUCAUUAUUUAUUUAAUUUUUAUACUACCUUCAUCCGAAGUUCUCUGGGCAGUUUACAGCAUAAAGGUACAAGAUGAAAACACAAAAUAUUUAAACAAAACAACAAAACCUUUCCCACAUUACAGCUGGUUUCAGAUGUAACAUGAAACCAUGGUUUGUGCUAACCAUAGUUAAGAACCCACUUCAUAUUUUUUUUAAGAAUAAUUUUUUAUUAACCGACCAAUCACAUCAAAUCAAACCAAAUUACAUAAAUUCCAAAUUACACAGCCGAAUUUUAAAUUGUUGUUGGGGGUACCCAUAUUUCAAGUUCCGAAGGGAUCCAAUCAACUUCUUGCUUCUUACUGCUGUUUUAAUGUCCACAAAUCUAACCUUAUGAUGUUCACAGUACUAUCCAGUCCUUUCUUAUUAUUUUUCCACAUCUCUUGUUGUUAUUUUCAUAUAUUUUCCUUUCUCUUUGUGACCUCUGAUAGUCUCCGCAAGCUGGUUAGAACAGUUUGUAAUCCUGCGUGGAUAUUAUUUUGGAUCCAGUAGCCAUAUCCAGACGUUUUCCAUAUAACAUCACUUCCAUACAUCAAAACAGUCUUAGCGUCAUUAAUCUUCACCAAUCUGCCUCCUUUCUCAAAACCUCUGAGGAGAUUCACUAGGAAUGCAGUCUGACAACAAAUCCGUUCUUCCUCCCGGCUGUAAAUCCUUUGGCAAGAUGGCGACUCCGAAUUAAUUGCUGCGCCAUUCCCAAAAGCUCUUAUUGCUUCUCGGUCUCCAUAAAGCAUACUUUUGGUUAACGUUUAUCUCCACACAGACCUUAAUCAUCCUGCUUGGGUCAGUUCAACCGACGGUUCUAAUGAGGAGGGGUUCUUGUAAAUCACAUAGAAGGAAAGUAAAAAAGGUCCCCCCCCCCCAAUUCAGCCCCGUUGACAGCCUUUGGUGUAUCUUCAUCGUAAAAUAUUCCUGUUUCUCCAGCCCGUCAUCUUCUUUCGCAGAGGUCACUUAAAUUAGCAGACUUCACUCCCCUUCUUCACUUGAAAUAUGUGCAUUUGCUUCUUUUGUAAUUAAUUAUUCCAAAUUGCUACAACUAGUGCGCGAUCAGAGACAGCGUCCAGGAGAGCCGAUGUCCACACGGGGCCAGUCUGCCUAGGGCCCUCACCCCCUUCGGGCAAAUUAGGGGUGAUUUAUGGGCACAGCAGGCAAGGGCAGUGUUCCCCAUUUCCUUGGGGCAACAAGGGAGGCUGCCUACUCCCAUAACAGCCUCUUAAUUACCCCGUGUGGGUCGGAGAGAUGGUAUUGUCGGCCAUCUUCCAAUGCGCCCCCUAGUGGCCCCCCGUUAAGAACCCACUUCAUAGUCUGAGCUUCUUGACAUAUGCCAGGCUGACUAUAGGUCUGAGACGCUUGUCUGCUCAGAAUUCAGCUUCAUGUUUCCAUGGUGAAGCAGCCUCUUGCGCUGGGACAAUGGCCCUGUGAUUUGUCAAUGUCCUGUGAAUUCACAUAUAAUAGGAACUUAGAAAUAUUAGGUGGGUUCAGGUUCAGGCUGCAUCUGAAUCCAGACUAAAUGCAUGUUGCCUAGUCUGUCACUGACCUUACAUGGCAGUCCUACAUGUCUACCCAAAAAUAAGCACCAUCGUAUUAAGUGGAUUUAGAAUUGCAGCCUUAAAGUUGAAUAACUAUGGUGGUUUAUUGCAAUUAUAUUGAAUACACAUGCAUCUAUAAGAAGAAAAGCUGAAAAUGGCUUAAAUGUUUAGCGAAAAACAGCAUUCAAGCCAUAAACCCUAAGAGAAUAAUCUUGAAUCCAUGUUAAACUUUUCUGAUGUGCUUCAUGUGCUUGAAAUGUGUUAACUUGAGUGUGUGUAUGUGCAUGUUCAUAAUAAAAAAUAAUAUGUGAUACAUGAAAUACAGGUGCUAUUUGAUAAAAUUUGAGUGUGUUAUAUAUUCUUUGGCUUGUCUAACCUUGUGAAUUGUUCUUAACAGCUCUGAAAAAGAAGAGUGUGUGAAAAUAGACAUGGAAAAUACUCCUGAAACAAAGUAUGUAGAUGCUGAAACCUCAUUAUAG